AUGAGCUUGUUUGUUGCAGAGGAAGCAUCUGUAGGGUAAGCAAUUCUUUUCUUGUACUUCCUUUGAUUCUUGUUAACUCUCCUCUGUGUCUGUUUUCUCCUCUUAUGCAUCUUUACACGUACUGUGUUGCGUUUUUAUAACUGUGUGUCUUAAGCACGUUUGAAAGGAUUUUGCUCAAAAAUGAAUAUAACUGCGGUUAGUGAGCUUCAGCUUUUAUGCCUUUUCAUAGCCUGCUUUCUUGUGAUUGCCAAAAGCCUUCAGUCCUGGGCUUGCUUCCUUGGAAACAAGUCCCAUUUAACUUGCAUGGAUUAGGAUGUAAAUAUAUGAAAACAAUGUCCUAUUGCUUGUAAUAUUUAUAGAUUCAAAAAGGUUAUAAACACACUGCAGCAGCUUUGCUUUUGCCCUUAUUUUGUGUGUGUGUGUGUGUGUGUGUGUGUGUGUUAUAGAGUCAACAGUCUAAGAAAAUAAAUAAGGGGUUUGGGGUAACCAAAGCUUAGGAAAGAAACCUGAUAAUUGUCCAGAAAUAAGCAUUUCAGUCUUCAGAUAAUAGCAUCUUGGAAGUUUCUUCCAAAGGAGUUCGAUAUCCUUGGGGAUAAAUGCAGCCAUCGCAUAAUGACAAUUCCUUUUAGCUGAAAACUAUGUAAAAUAUUUUCGGGAUGGUAUCACUGCUCUUUGGCUUGUGGCAUUGAAUGGAAUAGCCCAAGACUACAAUCUGAGUGCAAGGCAGAGGUGGGGGCUAAACAUUCAAUUGCUACCUUUGAUCCCACAUUUGCUUCUGCACUACCUGGUCUGCAGAAGGCAGACUAGUGAGGCUGAAUGGCAAGUGACUUGCCCAAGGUCACAAACUUGAGUUCAAGGCAUACUGUCAAUGUUUCCCUUUUUUUAAGGGAAAUUCCCUUAUUCCAAAUAGGAUUCCUCGCAAGAAAGGGGAAAAGUUGACAGCUAUGGUUCACGGCAGAGAGAGAUCUGAGCUUUCUGAAACUCCCAACCUUCCAAAUCAGUUCAUCUUCAACUAACUUAGCUAAAAACAUUCAAACCUCAUUCAGCUUCUCCAACCCCCCUCAGUCAAUUUCAAGAGACGCAUGUUCAUUCUGCCCAUACUUCCAAAAGAGAGAAGCCACCUCUUAACUCCUGCUUAGUGAGGCUAGGUGUCUAUUUUCCUUUUCCUUUACCUGAUGAACUUGGUAAAGAGGAAUGAAGGGCAAUUGCCCCCCCCCCCAAAAAACCCUUAGCCUGCCACCAUGAUACUUUCCUCCACUGUACUUCUCAGUGCAGUUGUCUCAGGACAGACAGAAGUGAACCCUUUUCACACUUUGUUCUACAUCAGCAUCAGUGUCUUAGAUCCUGACUGUCAUCUUGAGGUCAGAAUGGCUAAUGUCAAAAUGAUGACUUUGCUUGUUGCCCCCAUUUUGGCACACUUAGUGCCCUAUAAAAAGGAGAUGCCAUAUGUAAAGGAUACAAACCUAUGGAAAUGCAGGUGUUUAUAAUUUAUAUAAUUUAAGGUUUUAGGGAAAGCAUUUACAUUGGUGGUGGCAGUAGUGAGUUUGGUAUCACAAAACUACUUGCGUUUACAAUGUCCCAUUAGGGUUAAUGUCCUUUACCAAUCAUAUUAAAGAUACAUUUGAAUUUUUAUCAAGCUUUGUAUGUAUAUGGAAAAAAAUACUCUGGAAUUAUCAUUUUUAGAUGGCAGUUCUCAUGAAUGAAGGUAACAAGAAGCAGAUGGAGCACACAUUCCAUGACAGUUUGUGCUGCUAGUAAAUUCUGACCAAAGCCAAGGGCUCUGGAAUUACAAAUUGAUCCAUAAUCCUUUUGUCUGGUGCUUUCCACAAUCCUUGCAACUAUAAUAGGAUGCCAUUUUUUGCUUCCAGACAAAGCAUUCCCCACUAGAGGCAAGUUUACAAGAAGAUUUUGAAUGCUGCGUUCCAAACUCUAUUGUUAAUUAAUUAGUGAGUUGUCUCCACUGCUUGUGUGAGUGAAAGGCAGCUUGCAAAACUGAUUUUUCCCUUCCUCCCCUGUACGCCCCCCCCAGUAACUCUUUCCAGAGGAUAUGGGGUCCCUCCUGAACAGGUGGGACUGCAGUGCAAGGCAGAAGGUUCAAAAAUUAAGAGAGGGCUCUUGCUUUAGCAUGAUCACUGCUGCAUAUAUACCUUUUACAUACACAUCUGAUCAAAAUCUCUCUUGCUGUGAGUACACCACACUUUGUGUUUAUUUGUUGUGCUGAACAGUUAAAGCAAUAUACAUACAAGGUAUGUAUUCCCUCAUUAGUUUGUAUAAUUAAAUGUAACUAUUGGAUACAGUUACAGGCUUUACUGAACUUGAUCUGUGGCUUUGUAGCUGCAUUGUCUAUAUGCAGUCACUGCUUAGCUGGCUUAUUUCACUGCCAAAGAGGCAAGCUCUUUAAAAAAUAAAUAUACAACAGCUAGACUCUUUGUGAACUGCUGCUGGAAAUAAUGCAAAGCUGAAGUCUGCUGUAUAAAUGAUUCUGUCCUUAAUGCACAUGUUCAUUCUGCUCACUACUCUUGCAUUAUACAUUUUUUUAAAAACCCGUAAUCUUUACCUAGUACCAAAGCAAAAAAGUUGAAUUUUGGCAGGUCUGGGACCCAAAGAGACUGUAUAAGCAGUUCCAAACAUCCAGCCGGCCUUAGAUUUGUGUUUCCUGAGCUUAAGUAUAUGGCAUGACAAACUGCUUUAGAAACAUAGGGUACUUUAAAGAACAGUUUGUUAUAUGGCAUGAGAUGGGGAGUGGGUGGGCUAAAGUAUUUCACAGUAAGUAAUUCUUUGGAUUCUGGGCCAGAUAUUUUGUAUAUAUCAUUUGCAUAGAGAGAGUUCUAAAAGAUAAAAAUUUGCAUGGAAAACUUGGAGUAUGCCAAGCCUAGUCAUUCCUUAUCCUUUUAAAUAAAAAGGAGAAUUGAAGUGGGGUGGUAGUGGUUAACAGCUGCUUCCAGAGAAACACUGAUUUUCCACCAAGCAUGCCAGCUAAUAGCUCUUAUGAGAGGGUUAUGCUUAGUGCAAUAAUAACCAGUCUAGUGGCCUCCCUGAGACUCGCCAUGCUCUGGGAUUCAUUCAGUAGUGAAUGUGCCGCAUUGUUCAGCAAUGAAACGUCUGCACAGGCUGAGAGUUACUGGCUUUUUGUUUCCUUUUAAAAGUUGAGAAGUAGCAAUUAUCUCAUUUCUUCAGUGAUGUAACCAGAAUUAGCAUUACUACUUCUAGAAGGAGGCUGAUACCAGUGUGAAAACUCUUCGUGCCAGAACGAUGUGUUAUGAUACGGUAAAUCAUCACACAAGACACCACUUCCAGCAGUCUUUGUAUGAUGAUCAUAAUGUGGCACAACUAUACAGUCAUACCUCAGGUUACAGACGCUUCAGGUUGCGCGUUUUCGGGUUGUGCAUCACGCCGAUCCCAGAAGUACCGGAAUGGGUUACUUCCGGGUUUCGGUCCAUCGCAGAAGGGCUAAAAAAAUCACUCUUUGUGCAUGUGCAGAAGCACUGAAUCGCCACCCGCGCGUGCACUGACGGGUUGCGAACACUGCAGGUUGCGAACGUGCCUCCCGCAUGGAUCACGUUUGCAACGCGAGCGUCCACUGUAUUUUCUUUAGCUGCUUCAGUUCUAUGUUUUCCCGCAAAUUACCCACAAUUUAUGUGAUUGCGUCCCUGUUGAUUUCACUGACUGCUUUACUCCUUUGAUCCUAGUGGCCCAAUGCAGCGUUCUUCCAUUGGUAGCAGGCCACUGGCUUUCAUUUGUCCUUUCCAGAGGUGCCACAUUCUUGUUCAAGUAUCCUGGUGACUGUGCUCUCUGCUAUAUAUAUUUUUAAGUCAUGGAGUCUUUCUUGUAGGACUUUACUUAUGGAAACUGACCAAUUAAAUGUUCUGCAGUUGGCAAGUAAGUUUAAGAAAAGAUUUUGGUGCCUUGCUCUAAUCUUAAAGUGAGAGGGUACUGGCCCCUCCCUGAACCCACUACUUCACUCAGAAAGAAUAGAAAUAUUGUGAGAUCCAAUCUGGAUAUGGUAUUUUGCAUUUUUAAAAGCAGUUUUAUUCUGAUUUCAUGUUCCAUUGUGCAAGGCUAAACAGUAAUUGAAAAAUAUUAGGAAUGGUCUAGUCCAGGCCUGUCCAUCAACAACUCUGAUCUGAUCUCUCUACCUAAAAAAAGCUCAACAACUCUGGUCCCUCCCCCUAAAAAAAGCUCUACGUAGAUCACUGCCAGUUUCUUUAUGGUGGGAGUAGAUCGCAGUCUCUUGGAAGUUGGACACCCCUGGUCUAGUCUACCUAUUGCAGUCAGCUGAAAAUGGUAGAUUCCUGCUGUGUGUAGCCUGAAUUACCCCACUUUGCAUCCUGUGUGCAAAGGUAGGGUUUUUCCUGCCCCCUUAUUGUGCAGCAAAUUAUACAUUGUUUUUGUACUGUUCAUCACACUUAAAUUUAGAAGUCUUUACAACAGAACGAACAGUGUUCAACAUUCAGUGUCUUCUGCCAAGCAGAUAGCCUGGGACACCCCCUUUUUUCUUUUGAAAAUGGAUCAUUGCAUAAUUAAAGAGUUGGCCUAUAUAGGCAACUUGUUUCCAUAGCAGCUAAAGGUCAGAAAUGUCGUUUGGAAGGAGUAACAUCAGCCUAACACACAGUAUAUUAUGAAUUGAAGAAUCCCUCUUUUUUUUUGCAAAACUAUUCAUUUAUUUGACAUGAAAACUGGUGGGGUAUAUAAGGUGGACAUCAGGGUAGCGGAAACCCAAAUUUGUGCAUAAAUGUGGAGUAGUCAUCCCUCAUUACAAGCUCCAUUUCUGACUUCGCUAUCACAGAUGACAUUUCUGUGCCACCACUAACCCUCUCAGUGUUAAGUUUGAGACAAGAAGGAAAGGCUUUUGAGAACAUGCUUGCAAUGCAGGACUGAACCUCAGUACUGAUCAGUUCAUAAAUUAGUUACAAAUUGCAAAACAGAGGUAAAUUCUAGUUUAUUGAGUUAAUCCAGGAUAGUCCAUUACCUCAGAUAAGGGGGAAGGAAGCUUUGUGUCUGUUGCUCUUGAAUGUAACUCAUGCUAAUAGAUGAAUAUACUCUGAAAGUUCCUAAUUAUGCAUCCUUCAGUUACAAAAAAAAUAGAAUCAACAAUGUAAAGUGAAAAAUUGUAGUGUUUUAUAUCUGCGGGAAAAUUUCUGAUGCUUACCAUGCUGUGGCCCUGCUGUGCACACGUAAUGAGAGCAGCUUGACCUUUCUGUGUGGUCAGUGUUUUUGCUGUUACUCAUUUGUGUUGGAAACUUUUGUGUGGAAGGCUUUCUUGUGCCGACCCAUGGGGUAAGGAAAGAUCAGGGUGGAAUGCAGCAAAGCCCUGUGCCGCUUGAAUGUAUUCAUGAACGUUUAGGGCAGUUGCGUUUAAAAAUGGCAACUUCGCCAAUGCCCCUUAAACUAUUUUCGCACAGUUGGCUGCUUUAUGCCUAAGACAAUAAAUACGGCAGUUAUAUUUAAGUCCGUUCAAACUAGACAAUGUUCUUCGUUGUAGAUUUUGUAGGCACUACCCUGUUUAACACAGUGCUGUUUGAAACAGCUUGCGCUUCUUUAAGCAAGUGGGCAGUCAGUGGCAGGGGGGGGGGGCGACUCCUCUUCCUUACUCCACUGCUGCCAGCUCAUUGACUUAAAGGAGAAGUGUGUGCUGCUUCAAACAGCAUUUCUGCUAAGGGAUUUAAGCCUCACUUCCCAGUUGAUGAGCAAGGAUUAAAUCUGGCUGCCUUGGCUGCAUGAUCCUUUUCCCUGCUGGGAGCAGUGCCCAUCGCCAGUGCAGGAUUAAAUGCUGCCUUCCCACUAGUUGGCAUCACUAGUGACAACUGGUGGGCGUGUUUUAGGAAAUUGCCUUGUGGGUCAAUUUUACCUGAUCAAUUAAUAAAGCAUUGUAAAUAACUUAUAAACAUUUAUAUUAUCCAGGAACUUGUCAUUCCCAAACAUUGUUUGUUGAGACCCUUGUUCUAGAAAUUUAAUUGUCCAAUUUUUCUGUUUCCUAAGAUACAUAAGUUCCAGCAAUGUUACCAUAUUCCAAAUCAUUUCAUAUCUGUGUAGGAUUAGGAAAAUCUUUACCCUCUGAUUAUAUGCUCUCUUUCUAAGAUUUCCUUCUUUCCAUAUGCUCAUCCAUCACCUGCGUUUGGACUACCUGGAGGAGCAUUAGUAAUGUGAGUGGAAGGAGGGUGUAUUCUACAAAAACAUAACAAGUCGACACCUUUUCCAAAUCUUCUCUUGGGGAGUGGGGAAUACUUUGGAAAUGGAGUUGACCUAAGUGCUAGUGGGUUGAAAAGCUUGUAAGGUAAGGAAUUAGGCUGGAGGCAAGGCUUCAAGCCCAGCUAUUAAUUAAAAGUGCAAACUAAUCCAAAGGAGUCAACCAGUUUUGGUUGUCAUUGGUAACUGGGCAUUACUGGUGGUUGCCACAAACCCUUCACAUCCUUUUAUUAUUCCAGAAUGUGCUGAGAAGGUGAUUCAGGGAAGGAGUUAGUUUCACUUCAUCUGGGUUUUGCUUUGUUUUGAGACAAUUAGUGAUCCUUCACCUCAAGUCAGAAUUGGUUUAGUAUUUAUCACCAUUUUCUGAAAAUUCUCAGGGGUGGAAGUUAGCUGUUGAAUGCAAGAUUCUCCCCCACUUUUGUUCAUAUGCCUGCAAAACACCCCUGUAGUCAUGAAUGCCAACUGCACAUGUGUUGUACCUUUGCUUUCUAGCUGGAAAGUUGAUGCUCAGUUUAACACAUACAAACUUAUACAGUGGUACCUCGGGUUACAUACGCUUCAGGUUACAGACGCUUCGGGUUGCAGACUCCGCUAACCCAGAAAUAAUACCCCAGGUUAAGAACUUUGCUUCAGGAUGAGAACAGAAAUCGUGCUCCGGCGGCGCAACAGCGGCGCGAGGCCCCAUUAGCUAAAGUGGUGCUUCAGGUUAAGAGCAGUUUCAGGUUAAGAGCGGACCUCGAGAACAAAUUAAGUUCUUAACCUGAGGUACCACUGUAUUAUGAAGUUCGCCAGCAUUGCUGCUUAGAAGUAGCAUGGGUCAACCUUGGUGCUUCCAAAUGUCUUUAAAGCAUUGCACAAGGUGAGUGACUGGGUAGCCAAGAGAGUUCUGUCUACCCUGCCCAGCAUGAAUAGAACAUCCCACACCACCCUUUGAAUUCAUUCUGAUGCAAGGAUAACUUGUGGGAAGGAAGACAUGUCUCUGUGAUGUGAAUUCAGGGGCAGGCUAAAGCUGGACUUGAACUGUCAUAAAGUUGUGGAGUAAUCUUCUUUGGAAGAGGCUAAGUCAGUUGCUUUGUCUUCAUGUACAGUUAUCUCUGAAGUGCAGUUAAUUGAAUGGGAAAGUAAGAACAGCAAAGUCUAGGUGACUGGCCAUUUAACUGUUUAGCUCAUGGAUAGGCAAACUAAGGCCCGGGGGCUGGAUCCGGCCCAAUCGCCUUCUAAAUCCAGCCCACGGACGGUCCGGCAAUCAGCGUGUUUUUACAUGAGUAGAAUGUGUGCUUUUAUUUAAAAUGCAUCUCUGGGUUAUUUGUGGGGCAUAGGAAUUCGUUCAUCCCCCCCCCAAAAAAAUAUAGUCCAGCCCCCCCACAAGGUCUGAGGGACAGUGGGCUGGCCAUCUGCUGAAAAAGUUUGCUGACCCCUGGUUUAGCUGUUGAAGAGACAAGCUAGUCUUUGGUACAAAUUUUAAAAUUUAAAUAAAAAGCGUAUCUCUUCAGCUGCAGAAAUAAUAGCUGUGCAGACUUCAAAGAAUAUUAGGGUAAUAAAUGGAACUCAGUGAUGGUGGUUUGGGGAAACUGAAUUCCACAGAAGGAAGCUUUUGAGCUAGGGGUGAGUGAGGAAGUCUAUUGCAGGAAGUCUGGAGGGAGCCCUUCCUCUCUUGCUGUAAGUUGCAGAGGAUGAACAGAAUGAACAGAACCAUAAUCUAGAGUUUACAAAAGUAACAAAAGCAUUGUGUAAAUAAACCUUUCUAGCAUUUCUGUGUUAUGAUCCUGAGAAAGAAAAUAAGGUGACUGACAAAGAACAAACUGGAAAUAGAUCUUAAUGGUGGGAAUAUAUUGCACUCCUAGAAUUAGCAGUGAUGUUGUCAGUCUACUACUAGAAGGAUAAUGUAUUUGCCUCAAUAGUGCUUUGGAAUAUAGUGGAAAAAUUGCAGAUCACAACUGGAAUCAUUUUGGCUAUAAGGUUGGGUGGGGGUUUUCAAACAGUAUUCUGUCGAGGAUCUUAUUAAACUUUUAAAAGUAAGAAAGAAAGCAUUUUCUGCAAACUGGAAUCAAUGUAUAUACAAUGUGUAUACAAAACUUGGGUUUUUAGCGUAUCAGCAAGAUAAAAGCUUUUGUUUUAUAUAGAAAUCUCUGCAGUAUGAUGUACAGGUUUAAAUAAUCAUUGCACUGCAUUGCAGAGGGUUAUUAAUACAUUGCCCUGCACUUUGGGGAAGAAGUCAGAAUGUCCUCUAGAAGGUCCUGAGUUGACUGUAGUUCAUUUAUGGUUUGUUAAGAUUCCUGAAGUAGGAAACGUAAUGCUUGCAAAUCAUUAAAUUGAGACCACAAUAUCCCCCUCGGUCAUUUAUAGUUGAUUUGCAUUUAGGAAAUGUAUAUGUUUUUGAAAGCAUGAUUAAUUUUUAUGGCAAAGGGGCACUCAAAACCAUACAUUUCUGAACAUUUCAAACAACUUUUUUUAUAAUAAUAAUAAUAAUAAUAAUAAUAGAGACUUGCAGCAAUAAACAAAAUUUAGAUCCCAUGUGGACAAAAUAAUACUUUCUUUAUAGGAUAUCCUUUUAUAAAUGUCCACAUCUUCCAUUUCCUGUUCUGGCAAUUCUGUGAAUUUUCAGAGGUUGUUACAUUGGAUAGUAGUAAAGGUAACUUUACUGUAGAUUAAAAAGAAAACUUUAUUUCGAUGUUGCAAUAAACCAUGUCUAUGUGGGAAUUCCACAUGCUGCCAGUUAAGCUUUUAAUGUAAAAACAAAACUACAUGAACUGAUACUCAGUGUGCCUAAACCUCUGGUCCACAGUGUACCACAUGGUAAUGGAGAUCAGCAUAGUGAGAGAGUUGCUUGCAGGGUUUAGACCUGCUGAAUGAGCACACCUGAGCCCUGACAUGUACCUUGGAGAAAGAUGUUCACAGAACAGUUUGAGACAACGUCCCUUAUGUGACCAUUGUGCAUUGUUUGAAAUGUAGUUUUUCAAUUUCUCUGAUUCAUAUCUUGUAUCAGCUUGAGAGUUUCUAAGGUCGAUCGCCUAAACUUGAAGUGAUGUCAUCAGUCAUGAGGCCCUAUCAGGAUCAGGCAUGGAUUGGCAGGCUCAGACAGAUGAGGCGGAUGAAGGAGAAUUGGGGAGGGGUGUUGUAGAAACUGGGGUUGGAUGAUGGAAGUUAUCUUGCUACUGUGGAACAGGAAGCAAGGAAUGCUAGCUCUCCCCUCUGUCCUUCAGACAGAGAGGAGAGCCUCAUAGGAGACUAGAGAAGGCCCCAAUCAGCUGCUGGGGGCGGGGAAUAAAGUAGAAGGCAGCAAAGGUGGAUGCAGCAAAGGAUGACAUAACCAAGGCAAGAUAAUAGGGUUCUUAAUUUACAAACCAGUAUGACAUACUCACAUUCUCUCAAUACUUAAGGCAUAGAUAAUACGUAUGAAGUGCUGUUUGAGUAUGCACUUUUGCUGGAAAAACAUUUUUUAAAAAAACAUUGCUGGGUCAGGCCAAGGUCGAGCAUAUUAUGAAAUCUAUAUGUGAUAGUUGGUUUUGUGGGAUGGGUUUUAAUAUGUAGGAGAGGCUAUAUGCAGGUAAAAUACUUAACGUAUUUUUCGUCCCAUAGGGCGCACCAGCCCAUAGGAUGCACCUAGUUUUUUGGGGGGGAAAUAAGGGGGGGGGAUUUAUUUCCCCCCAGAACAGGCUGCUAUCCGCAAGCCGAGGGAGAGCUGCUCGACUUUGAGCAGCUCUCCCACGGCUUGUGGAGAGCUGCGCGAAGCCCAAAGCCUGGGGGAUGCUGAGCUCAGCGCCCCCCAGGCUUCUGGGUCCAGGCAGCUCUCCGCGAAGCGGUGGGAGAGCUGCACAACUUCCCACAGCUCUCCCACUGCUUGCGGAUAGCUUCCUGAAGCCUGGAGAGCGAGAGGGGUCGGUGUGCACCGACCCCUCUCGCUCUCCAGGCUUCAGCGAAAGCCUGCAUUCGCCCCAUAGGAUGAACACACAUUUCCCCUUCAUUUUUGGAGGGGAAAAAGUGCAUCCUAUAGGGCAAAAAAUAUGGUAUAUUUACAGUAGAAACAGUCUUAGGCAUGUGCCUGAGCUGGAGCAAGCAGAGGGCAUGUCUACCCUCAUUGCUGGUCAAAGGAAGGGAGGGGGGAACAUGAAAUGCUUCUUUGUUUCUUCCCAUUCCAGAGAGGAGGGGAAAUGACUUCAUAAAGAGCCCUCUCUGCCAAUUAUAUUUCUAUGGUCUGAGUCUCUGCCUAUCAGCAAUACACCUCUGUGGUCGUUAGUUCCAAAACUUACUAACGAGCAAGAAUAUGCAUUGUUGGAUUUGACUGCAAUCUCCCAUAGGUGUACCAGAAACUAUACGACCCAUGGUGGUUCAAUGAGAUUGUUGGAGACCUUUUACAUUCAAGAUGUGUGCUCCAUCUGUAUGUGGUGCAAUUAUUAGACAGACUGAAAUUUGUGAAAUUGUGGCUUGGUAGUUUUGAUAUUACUAACAUUUUAGAAGUACCUGAUCCAGGUAUUAAGGGAAGUGCAGAACUGGACUGGACAUAAUAAGUGCCCUGAUACCAUUACUUUAAGGAACCUGGCAUUGGUGUUAUUUUGUUGUAUGGCUGCAUAUUAUAGUUUGAUUUUUUUAAAAAAAAACAACCACUAAAAAUAUUUAUAGUGUUUUCUGUUCAUGUUUUAUAUGAACAUGUAAGUGUAAAUAUGAAAAAUGUAAAUCCUUCAUCAGGUAUAUGUGUAUGCAAACUCCUCUCUGUAUUAUAUUUAUUUAUUUAUUAGCAAGAAUGCAUCCUUUUAAUUUAAAGAAAAUCUUUAAUUUCUAUUUUUUACAGUGGUGGGGGAGGGCAGAUAAAAAGUUAAAGGCCAAAAUGUUGCUGUUAAAUUUGCAGUGCAGCGUCAGCCAUUUUUAAUAUGCCAAAACUGUCUUCACAUGUUGGUGCAAUUCAGGGGUAUCAAUUUACCCAUUUCUGUACUUUUAAAACUAUUAUUCUCCUGCACUAACAGGACAUUGAUUUUAUCUGUCCCAGCUCAUAUUUUCUUUGCAUUUUUCUCAGUGUUGUAUAGAGUUAAUCACUGGUUGAAGGAAAGCAAUCAGAAUGUUGGAAGCCGCUCCCUCCCCCACCUAAAGAGACUAGUUAGUGGCGUGUUGCUCAGUGAAGUGUGCAUUUAAAGUUACCCACAGUGGUGUCUAUUGUCCUGUUCCUGAAUUGAAUGAUGUCAUGUUUCAUUUAAGGCUCUUAGCGAUGCCGACGACUGCAUUUGGUGUGGGCAAUGAGAAAGUUGUGAAUCAGGUUCCUGUGGAGCCUUUUGUGCAUUAGGGUUUCGAUAGCCGAAAGCUGACUCAGGCAGUAUUUCUACCAAAGGAGCUGAAUAGGCUAGCGAGACCAUCUCAUUUUACCUUAGUGCCUGAGCGAGGUGAUUUGGGGGAACUGCCGGAGUUGGAGAAUGCAUUUAUCUUCUAUUACACAGGUAGGUUGCAAGUUGUGCGAGGGAGCGUAAGGGAGAGAGGGGGGAGCUUGUCCGUUCACUGCGUAAGGAUCAUUGAAGACAUUCCACAGUGGUGAGAUACCGUCGCAGAGGACUUUCCUUUGGAACAGUGCUUGGGGACUCAAACAUGUUGUAUGCUAUGACAGAAGACUGUGUGAUAGAGCCAGGUAGCUUAUUUGAGCUUGGGAAACAAAAGGCAAACUGGUGGGCAAGUUUGUAGUUUCCUAUGGGCAUUUGGGGGCAUUUGAAAGGAGCCCAUCACUUGCUGCAGGUUUUGCACUUCUUGAAUAGGCUGUUGAAUAUUUCUGUAGUGUGCUGAAUUUGCUUUGUAUGCUGUAAUGAAUACAGUUUUAGUGGCCCUGCUUGAAACUGUUGAAGAUUAUUGUGGUUUGUUUGUUUUUUAUUACAUUGCAGCUAAGCUGUCCAUGCUGCCUAUGCAAAGUGGUGUUUGAUGUCAUCUAUGUUCAGGACAGAGUGCCGUAUCUGUGUGGGAAGUUUCUGUGACAGUAACAGCACCUGUGAGUGUGUGCGCACUGUAAGGUGGUCAAGCUCUGGAGCAUGUCGUCCUUAGCUUUCAAAUAAAAUUUGAUCACAACUUUUUACAAGCAACCUUUUUUACUCUUGUGUUGUGCAGCAGCAUGACCUUAAUUGCUUAAAAGCUCCCUAAUUAAAUUAUUAAGAAUGGAAAUAGCUCAGAUUAACAUUUGAUUUCAUGUGCAAUGAAUGAUAAUGAUUUAGUGGUGUAAUGCUGAUUAUGUGGAUAAUAAUUUUAAAAUUAAGUGUUUCAGGGAGGCAACAGCAUGAAUCGUGUGCUUUAAUGUGGGAUGCAGAUGUUCGCAUGUAGUUUCAGCAAUUAGUAUAAGGAAUGCAAAUGGGUGUGAAGUUUCAAAUGUGGCACUGCUAGAUUUAUCAAGCUACAUUAUUUUGACCUUUGAAAUUGUCAGAAAUAAGAGUGCUUUCAGUGAUUGCUGUAAGCAUAACCAUUGAAAGCAUCAGCAUCUCCUAAAAUGCAUAAUGAAUGGCAAAAACCUGAAUGUGGCAUGCUUGAUAUCAAAACCUCAUGUAAGUUAAUAUUAGACUAUUAACCAUGGGAAACUUAUUUUUUCAUAUUUGAUCUUGUAACAUACAGUUUCUAGUACUAAAGUUACCUGUGAGUGCAUUUCCCAGCCUGAUAUUGUAUCACUGUCUCUCUAGUUCACUCUGUGCAUUUGUUUGUGUUUAAAGUGUCUUGUUGGCAUAUCAGCGGUAUGUGCCUUCACAGGCAGUAGGCCAGACAGGGUGGGGAGCUUAACUACAUUUGUGGAAAGGUAUGGGCAAGAAAGGGAUCAUGUUGCUGAAACACAUUUAUCUGUGAGUGUUGAUAAACAUGCAAUUAGCCCUCUUUCCAUUGCUUAGCUUGCACAAACCAAACCAAAGCCCUGUCAGUUGUAGAUCUAUGAAAGCAUAUAGAGCUGGCAUUCUUCCCCACCCCCCACCCCCAGUGCACAAUAAAAGGGUGAAAAUGGAUUUAAUGUUUGAUAAAAACCUGUUGCCCAAAAUGCAGUCAUCUUGUUACCCACCUCCACUCCAGUAUAAUUUUGCCAGAUUUACCCCAAUACUUCCUUGCCUCUACAACUGGCUGCCAGUGAUAUGGAGCAGGGUGGCAGAAUUUGGGGAAAUGAAAUGUUAAGCCUAACCAAAUCUUAUAAAGUAGGACAAAUUGCUUGACACAGACAGCCAUUUUCUGCAACAACCACGUGUCAAGCACCUUGGGUAUUUCCACUGAAGUAUUCUUUCUGCAGAGGUAUAUACCAUAGGAUUACCAUAUUUAAAGAGAUCUCAUAGAUCAUAAAAUGCAGCAUCCUGUUCUUUUGGUCUAACGUUUAUUAGAAUUCUAGAUCUCCUUAAAGACCCACAUAUAUUUAUAAUCGUAACUUUAUUUUUUGUAACAAGUGUUUCCUCUAUGCAUUACCAUUCAGCAGCAGACCUGGAUAUCCACCUGAACAGUGUCACUUACUGCUUUCCUUGGGCCAGGUCUCCUCUACUUACAGGCCUCUAAGAUAGGACAAAAGAAAGGACCAUUGCAGUAUGCAGAAGGCCCCAGCCUAAAUCCCCAGCCUCUCCAGUUAAAUGGUUGGGUUGCAGGUGAUGGACUUCUGCCUGUGGCAUUGGAAAGAUGCUGCCAAUCACAACACUGAGAUACUUGACUAAAUGGUCUGACCUGGCAUAAGCAAGUUUCCUUUGCUACUAUGACCUUGAGAAUCAUCUUUUCCAGCCCCCUGCAAUGCAGGAAUCUCAACUGGAUCAUGCAUGACCGAUGGCCACCCAACCUCUGCUUAAAAACUCCUAGGAAGGAGAGUCAACACCUCUCAUUGGAGUCUGUUGAACAUCUCUUGCUGUCAGAAAGUUCUUCCUGGUGUUUAGUCGGAAUCUCAUUUCUUGUAACUUGAAUCCAUUGAUUCAGGACCUACCCUCCAGAGCUUGCUCCAUCCUCUAUGUGACAGCACUUUAGAUAUUUAAAGAUGGCUAUCAUAUUUUCUCCCAGUCUCCUCUUUUCCAUGCUAAACAUACCCUAAUCCCUCAGCUGUUCCUCAUAAGGCUUGGUUUCCAGCCUCUUCAUCAUCUUGGUUGCCCUGCUCUGCACACAUUCCAGCUUGUCAAUAUCCUUAAAUUGUGGUGCCCAGAACUGGACACAGUACUCCAGGUGUGGCCUGACGAAGGCAAAAUAGAGCGGUAUUAUUGCUUCCCUUGAUUGGGACACGAUAUUUCUGUUGAUGCAGCCUAGAAUAGCUUUCCCCCACUGCUGCAUCGCACUGGUGCGAUAUUAAGCUUGUGGUCUACUAAGACCCCUAGAUCCUGUUCACAUGUACUACUGGCAAGCCAUGUGUCCCCCAUUAUAUUUGUGCAGCCUAAGUGUAGAACCUUACAUUUGUCCUUAUUGAAAUUCAUUUUGUUAGUUUUGACCCAGUUCUCCAAUCUGUUAAGGUCAUCUUUAAUGCAGCAUCGGUUACCCCUCCCAGUUUGGUGUCAUCUGCAAGUUUGAUGGACAUCUCCUCAAUACCUGUUAGUUUUAAAUUUUUCAGACACAGCUUUGUAAUAUUCAGAUCCCAUGAAUUUGGCUGCAGAGCUUUCAUGCUCUUAAACCAGUGAUAGGGAACCUGUGGCUAUCCAGAUGUUGCAAUAUAGUACACCUUCCACCAUCCUUGACCAUUUGCCAUGCUAGCUGAUGAGACCUGGAGUCCAGCAACACCUGCAGGUCUCAGGUUCUCCAUUCCUAUCCUAAACCCUGGGUCAAGGUCCUCUAACUUGAAGGCUUUUAAGAGCAGAGCACAUUACAACUUAAUUAAAGCUAAGUGGUUGUAAAAACGAUCAAGAUCUCACAUUGCACAAUAUCUUCCUUUUUGCUUGUAUUGCCUUAAAUGUGGCCCCUCCUGAGGAUUCUUUGCUUCUUUUUCUAUAGUUUAUAUUACUGAACUGUGCGGUGUUGACAAAGUAAACAUGACUUACUAGUUCAUUCAGGUUAUCUGUAAGUGAGACAGCGUAUCAGUGAAACAGGAAGAAGGACUACAAAGUGAUUGAAAGAAACAGGAACUCUUUCUGCCUCAGCUAAGGCAGCUAAUCAGGUGUCCUUUGUCACAGAUUUUAAGUUAUACGUCUUUGUGAUAAAUUAACGGAAGACAUUCCCAGUUAUCUUAUUUAUCCAGGUUUCAAGCCAGUCUAAAUCUGCAGUGUAUUUUUAUUCUGGUUUUAGUGGUGUUUUUAAUGCUGAUAACACACAUACAUAAUUCUUUAUCAGAAACCAAGGAAAAUUACUCCUUUUUCAAUGAAGCUACAUAUACUAAUUUUUGUAAUAAUUUUAGUUGCUAAUCACAAAAAACAUUAUAUUUGUAUUAUUUCUUGGGCACAGAGAGAGAGAGAGAGAGCUGUGCAAGAGUGCAAUGGUGAGGCUUAAUGGAGCAUCAUAGCCACAGCCAUCCUUCCACAGCUUCACUGCUAGCACCAGCCAGGGCAGAGUGUGGAGAACAGAGACUGCUCUGCUGCUCCAGCUCCCAGUCUAGUGCACCAAAGGGACUCAGAUCAAUUCUGUUGCUUGAUGGCAUAUGGGCAGAUCCUGUGCUGGCUCAUCCCUUCUCUGAAAACACUUCAUUUCGGUGGUAGUGUCUUCCCACUUCCUCCAAACCCACUCCAGCAUGGUGGAUCAGGGUUUUUGCUUACUCGGUUGCAGUAAAAAAUGAGAAAGUGUUGUCCACACCUUAAAGUCUUCACAAAUUUAUUAUUUAAGUACAUAUAUUCUUCUUCUUCUUCUCCCUCCCCUUUUAAAUUAAAGUAUGAAAACCUAAUGAAUUUGUAAUGUCGCUGUGAACAGGCUAAGCAAUUACUUACACAUGUAAAAUAGAAGAUAUGUCCAGUAAAUAGUAUGCCAAGAGAUCUUCAGCUAUCUAAUUUGAGUGUUCCUUCUCCAAACAAGAGGGGUGGAAUAUAAUCUCAUCCCCAUAAUAUAUAAAGAUAAAACUUAAAUCUGAAAGCUCUCCCGUCCGCAUACAGUAUCAAGAAGGAAAGAGAGAGGAAAAGAGUACAGUGGAAAACAUACAAAGAAAUUCUACAAACCAGUUUACAACUGUUACUAGCCCACCAAAUGUUUCACUAGCUUAUUUGCCAACUUACUGAAGCUUUCCUUACCUGUAAGGCAGUGGUGUCCUUUUUUCAAAGAGGGCCAGAUUUGAUGAAGUGAAGGCCCGUGAGGGCUGACCAAAGGGUCGACCAAAGUUGUUAACCCCUUUUUUAGGAUUGAGGUUGUUGUUGAGUUUUUAUUAGGACUGAAAUUGUUGAGCUUUUUUUUAGGGUUGGUUGAAGUUUUUAGUAUUUUACCCCAGGAAAUAAACUGCCAGACUGCCACAGGGGCCUGAUUAAACCCAACUAGCGGGCCGCAUUCGGCUUCUGAAACGAAAUUUGGACAUGCCUGCUGUAAGGUAUGCUUUCUCAGUACAAGUAAUCAGUCAAAUGGCUGUUUAUAUAGGCCUCAAGGAAGUGUCUAGGGAGAAACUCUAGGGAAGCUGGUUUAUUAUAGUAAAUUGGGACUGUGAGUGAUGAUUUCAAAUAGCUGUCAAAGGUAAGCAGGUUGGACGUCUCCCUUUUUGGGGAGGAGACUCAAUGAUAAUGACGCUUUAUUUAACAAACGCAUUGUUUCUUUUUCCUUCCCUUAAAGAUGGCUACCAUUUGCCUCUUGCCGUGCUGCCUCCUGUGAUGGUAGGCACGACCCCCAAGACAACAGGGGAGAGCCUGCACAGAGAAGACGGACACUUCCACUAUUGUGGGAUUAAGACCAUGGAACUGUCAGACAGUGACCGUCCUGUCAGCUUCAGCUCCACCUCAUCUUCUGCAUCCUCCAGGGAUAGCCACUGUUCCUUUGGCAGCAGAACAACGCUAGUUUCAAACAAUCACCUGGGCUUAUUCAACCAGGAUAAGGAAGCAGGGGCCAUAAAGCUAGAGCUGAGCCCGGCCCAGCGAUUUUCCAGCAAGGAGCUGAGAAAAAACAACCCUCCAAAGGAGCAGACCUCUGACGGAAGUCUUGGGAGAAGGCCAAGUAUGCCACGGAGAGCUGAAUCUAAGGAAGGUAGCAGAAACUGUGUCAUGUCCUUGAUCGCUGAGCCUCCAAGCCCAAAGCUCCUGUACGUUGACAGAGUGGUCCAAGAAAUCCUGGAGACAGAGAGGACGUAUGUGCAGGAUUUAAAAAGUAUUAUGAAGGUAAGUGGAUCACUCUUAAACCCUAAUGGGAUGGACAAUGUGCAAAAUAAAUCCUCUUGCAAACAAUACCAAGAGCAUGUGGCUUUAUUGCACUGAAUUGGUAUGUUGUGGUGGGCAGCUCAGUCAGCUUUCUGUGGGUGAAUAAAUGCUCUUGUCAGUUAUGAUAUUGGGAAAGCAGCAUAAUUCUAUUUGUAGAGACAUCUUCCUGGACAGGCAAUAUGAAUUGCUGGUAGUAGCUCCUGUAGUAGGGUUUUACAAAAUCAUUCAUUGUUUGCUAGAUAUUUUCUAGCAUUGACUGUAUCAUGUUUUCAAAAUCUCUUGAAUAGUUUUGCCCUCAACUCAUUUCUCUUUGUCAUCAGGGUUUAUAAACUGCUCCUGUUCCAAUGUUCAUAGAAUCUCUCAUGAAUCUCUACGGUUUCUCUAAAAUGGUACUUGGUAUUCAGAGCUGUUUUCUUCUACCAUCACCCCCAGCAAAGUUGCUGGGAUGUGUGCACACACCAUGUUUUCCUUAUUAUGUGGAGCUAGUGAAAGGUGCUCCUACUUUUAGGUGCAGCAGUGGGCCUCCAGCCACAAGGAUAUCAUAAACCUUGAGUGGCCAAGGGAGAUGGAACUCCACCAGUGACUGGAAACUUCCUGCCUCUGCUGAGUAUUAAUACCACAUGUAUCAUAUCCGGUUCUCUCUAUGAUCAAACAAAUGUGGAAUUUGAAUGUUCUUUUUGGUAUAAUGUGGAAUUCUUGAAGGUGUGACCAGCUCUUCCAAAUGUUCCCGUAUCCAUGCUCCUAGGUGAACUAUUUUUUAUUUAUUGCUUUGUCAGUUAUGAUUCUUUGGCCUCCUGUCCAGUGCAGACACAAAUCAUAGAGACAAACACAUAAUCUGGAAAUCUUAUAAUGUGUAGCUUCGGGCAAUUCUCUCUGUUAAGUACAUCACUAAUCCGGAAAAGAAAAUACUAGUCUGAUGAUGACACAAAAAAGCAGACAGCAAGGCAAAAAAGAUUAUCAAGGUUUGAUAUACAAAGGCAUGUUUUCUUUAAAAAAAAUUAAUCCCCAGAAACAAGUCUUUUCCUGCACAGUUGCAUUAGGUUCUUUAACUGCUGGUUUAUAGUAAAAACCAUCUAUAUGGAAGGCAUUUUAAAGGUUCUUAAACAAGAAUGAAAUAAAACUGCUAAAGCAAGCAAUUCUUAUGUCCAACAUACUUGUCCUGCAUAGAUCUGAAUAGGGUUUAGAAAUUUCAAUACAGCUGCUAACCCAGUUUUCAAUUCUUCUUAUUUUCACAAUAAAAACAGUGUUUACUAACUUAUAGAGCAUAAAAUAACUGCCAGUUGGAAACAUGAGCACAUGUUAAGAGAUAACAUUGGUGACCUCCAGUGCUGGAUAUUGGAGAUUUUUUUUUUUAAAAAAAUAAUGCUAUAUUUGAUUUAAGCUGCAAUCUUACAUUUCCUUCCCAAGUAGCCUUGGGAAGGGGUACAAUGCUUCUCUGCCAGUGGAGAGGGAGUCUCACAGGCACUGCUAUUGCUGGAAGAUGCCGCUUUAUCCAAAUUAUGGGAAAUUCUGCUGGUUUUGAUGCCCUUCUGGCAGUGUUACAGCAUGCAGGAGACAAAACAUCCUGCAGCAGCUCAUCAAGGCUUAGGGCAGCUUAGACAUGUUUGAAUUACAGGGGGUCUGUAUGCUUCAGGGCUCACAAUUUGGCUUUGCUCUCUCCUUCCCACUUUAACCUUUCAGUCCCCCUUCUGUCUCUUUUUAAACAGUGGGGAGGCUGCAAAAGGAAAGAGGCACGUGAAGCUUGAAUGGGUGACCUUCUGUGUCCUAAACCAUAUCACCAAUUCCUCCCACAAUUUUAGUGCUUCCUGCUAAGAUUAAUUUAUGUGAUGGUAGAUGCAUUUCUUGCUAGCUGUCUACUCAGUAGUGACUCUCAAUUCACUCUAAAACUAUAUUUUCUUGAGAUUCUAAUGGAAGGUAGGAACAUAUUUGGCAUAAAGGAAGAGUCAUAAUUUUAGACCUGGUUUAUUACAGAUUUCCAUGAGAAUUAAAAACACCUUUUGGUGGUAUCCUUUUUCUGCCUCUUCUUAUUUUUGAGGAGUAGUUAAGAAUUGGAGUAGCAAUAAGCAGGCUCAGAUAGAGACUGAGAAGAACAUAGUGUCUCAGGCUUUUGUACAUGUGCUGAGAUUUUUGAAACGUUCCUCAGUUACUGAUGUUGAAGACACCACGUGGCUUUUAAAAGGCCAUGUCUGAAAAAACAUUGCACUGACUGUUCUUGCUUUCUAGCUGUUUGCUGAGCCCCUGCCUAGCAGUUUUAGUAAAUGUGGCAUGUGGGUAGUGCUUUACAUGGUUGCCAGUAUUAAUGGCGGUUUCACUACACGAUUCCUCUCAUCUUGGGGCUUCUUUCCCUCUGACUUCCUAAAAGAGUACAACUCUGCUCCCUUUUUUUGUAUGCUGCCUCAUAUUUGGGGUCAAUUAUCCUUCUUAGGAAUUUACUUUGUCCAUGCAGCAUGCUUUAUCCCAGAAAGUAGUCUCUACAUCAAGCAAAAAUGCAGAGCAGUGUCUGCCCUGUGGCAAUCGGCUUGACUUUGUCAGAAGCAGCUAAAAUGUUAGAGGCUUUACCUUCGCUUUGGCCUCCUGGGAAGGCAGUCAUGAACAUGCUUAGCUGUAUGACAAGUGGUAUAAUCAUCUAGUAGCUAAUUAGAAGUAAGAUGGCAUUCUCUGUGGUGUGAUUAAAGUAUUUCAUAUCACCUGGAAAAGGAAGGACUGCUAUUGUGGCCACAGAAUCCUGUCUCCCAGCUCACAUUUUCUCUUUGAAUGUAUACGCAGCUCGAAAGACUAGGUGCACACUUGAAUAAUUAUGCCCUUUGAAGCCACAGGCCCAUUACAACAUAUGCAAAGGUAGGCAUUACUGUUUUUCGAGGGCAGUUGAGCCUUAAAAAAUAUUUGCUGACAAGGUUGUAUGAAAUCUGUAGGACAGAGAAGCAAACACAGAUUGAUAGGUAUAUCCUCUAGCAGUGCUAGACUCAGGUGUUUCAUUUGCCCUGUGCUCCAUGAAUUGUGUGGUGUUGUUUUUAAGACAGCUUAGAAAAAUUAAGACAAACCCCAUUCAUUCUUAACCGAGAUUUUGAACUGUUUCAAAACCUGGUUUCAAAAUUUGGUGAGCUCACAGCUUAGGGGUGGCUAAUCUUAGAAGCUGCUGGCAGCUCCCUUUGUUCCUAACCAUCCUGGCUGGGGCUGAUGGGAGCUGGAUCCCAGCAACGUUUGGGAGAGCCCCAGGUUAGCAAUUUCUGCCAUAGUCCUAUUCAAGCAUUAAAGGGGUGCUAUGAUGAGGGAGAGAGUGAAUGUACUCAUUGGUGCCCGACACUGAGGUGUCCCUGCCACCCAACCAAGCCACCUUCCACAUGUUAGAGGGUGAGGGUCUUCAGUAAGGACCCUGCUAUACUCAUCCUUGCUCGUGCAGGGCUUUAAAUACAGCAGGCUCCCCACAUGACACCCUCUGCAAUGCAGAGUGGCAGUGACUGAAUGGGGCAUAACCUGCUAGUGCAGGAGUGAGGAGACGCCAGCCUGUCAGUCAACCUUGGCCUACCAUGUUGUUUCCGCACAGUGAUGUCAGCCAAUGGGCAGGAGAACAGAGUUUAAUCCUACAUUGGCUGUAUGCCCUUGAAGUGUUAGUGAUGAUUAACAUUGAUGACCAUAUGAUUCUUAGACAUCAUACAAGUUGGGUUCCAAUGAAAUGUUACUGCUCAGUCUUCUUCUGUAGCUGUGAUUAGGUUGCUGGUCUGGGCAGAGGAUGCGCUUGGAGCUUUGCUCCAGGUCAAGCACCACUGGGAAGGAGAUGGCUGCAUCAUUCCAGAUCUUCGGUGUUUUUCUGUUUCUGCCUCGGUUGGCAGAAACUCAGCAAAACUGGAUCUUUCUCUCUCUCUCUCUUUCUCUCUCUCUCUCUCUCUCACACACACACACACACACACACACACCGGAUGUACACCAGUAGUCAGAAGUAACUAUGCCAGUUUCUUAAUCCUGACCAUUGGAGAAUAUUUCAAAGUUGCCUGUAAUAGCUCAAAGCUGAUUUCAACAGCUGGGUGGGAUGCCACAACACAAAUUGGUAUGUAAUUCUUCAGUAAUAUAAAUGAAUGCUCUACAGAUCCUCCCUUAAUCUUUUUUUAUACACCUUCUGAGUGGAAAAGACAGUUUGCUGGCACUCCUAACUGUAUUGAGCUAUAGAAUUGCCCCAGAAGAUUAACACUGUUGUACUUGCUGCUCUUGUUAGCAAUGAAUGGAUCACUCAACCAAACGGUUGGUUGGCUGACUAGCAAGCACUAUUGUGUAUGCAAAUCAAAAUAGAUAAAAAAAGGGUGAGAGUUAAUCUGUUUCAGCUUUUGGAAAUCUCUGGUUCUUUUAUUAGGAAGGAAGGGAAGAGAAUGUUAAAUGCAAUAUACAGGACAACUGGUUAGCCGCUGAGCCCGCCCGCCCCGAAAUUAUUCCUUAACAAAACUAAAUGAUGCUGCUGCUUUAGAGAAACAUAAAUAAACAGAGUGUAAGUUUGGUAGCAAUAGCGUUCUAAUGAUUUUAUCUUAUUGUAAGCAGGUUGCUGCUUGUAUAAUUGUCAACUAGCCAUUUUGCACAACUGUUUUCUUCUUGAUAAGCCUGUGCAGGAUGUCCCUAGAAGGGUCUAGAAUACAUCAUGGAGACCUGCUUAUGAAUUACCAUUGCAAAAUACAAAAUCUGACUUCCAACAUGUAUUGCUCUUGGUUAGUGUAGCGUCUCAGCUUGCCAUGGACUGAGGUUCACCCACAUGAGGAUACCUUGGCAGGAAUGAUUUCCAAAGAGUAACCCCAUGGGUUAAAUUCAAGAGAUCUUAUCCUUUUCCCCACAUAUAAUUCCUGGGGUAUCUGACAUUGUAAUGGUUACGUUUUGAACCUUUCAAGUGGAUAGGGAAGUCUGGACUGGGACAAGAAGCAUGGUUUUUCUUCUCUGUAGGAAGUAAACUAUGGUUUAAUAGAUUUUAUAGAUGGGAUAGCAUAGUUUUGCAACAUGCAGAUCUAUAUUUCUUGUUAGAGUAAUUAAAGGUUAAAACCAGCACCUUAAACCUGAUCCUGUACUCCACCGGGAGCCAGUGCAGCUGGUAUAGUACCGGAUGAAUGUGAUCUCGCAGCGAAGACCCCAUAAGGAGUCUCGCCGCGGCAUUCUGCACCCGCUGGAGUUUCUGGGUCAGUCUCAAGGGCAGCCCCACGUAGAGCGAGUUACAAUAAUCCAGUCUGGAGGUGACCGUCGCAUGGAUCACAGUGGCUAGGUCAGGGCGAGAGAGAUAAGGGGCCAACUGCUUAGCUUGGCGGAGAUGAAAAAUGCCGCCUUUGUUAUAGCUGUAAUCUGCGCCUCCAUAGAGAGGGAGGUAUCGAAGAUUACACCCAAACUCUUAACGGACGGUGCUGGCACUAAUUGCACUCCGCAAGAGAUGGGAGUUGCCCCCCCAAUCCCAUAUCGUCCCGUCCCAGCCAGAGGACCUCUGUCUUCGAAGGAUUUAACUUCAACCGGCUUCCGCGUAACCAUCCAGCCACAGCUUCCAAACAUCUGGUCAGUGUGUCUGGGGCCGAGUCAGGAUGGCCAUCCAUCAACAGAUGGAUGUAAUAAUAAGGCCAAUCACAAGUGUGACAUUAAGGGUUGUUGUGUAUUAUAGAUGAAUUGGUUUUGUGGAUUCCCAUCACCUCCUUAAAUUUACUAAAUCACCUUGGAAAGUAGAUAGAAGCGAUUCAGUAUUGUUCUUUUUUUUUAUGAUUGAAAGGGUCAUUAAUACAGUCGUACCUUGUUUUGCGACCGGAAUCCAUUCCGGAGCUCCAGCCGCUAGCCGAAGAGGACGCAGGGGAAAGCGCCAUGUCUGCGCACAGUAUUCUAGGUGUGGUCUGACCAAGGCAGAAUAAAGUGUUACUAUUACUUCCCUUGACCUGGACACUGUACAUCUAUUGAUGCAGCCUAGAAUAGCAUUAAGUAGCUUUUGUUUGCUGCUGCAACACACUGUUGAUGCAUUUUAAACUUGUGGUCAAAUAAGACCCCUAGAUCCUUUUCACAUGUAAAGUGGAUCCAUUCCAGAGGCACGUCUGUAACGUGAAAAGCCCACAACUCGAAGCGCCACGUCUGCACAGGCGUGUGGUGCAAUUUGGCGCUUCUGUGCAUGCGCGAACAGCGAAACCCGGAAGUAACCCGUUCCAGUACUUCUGGGUUGCUGUGGGACGCGAGACGCAAACACGCAACCUGAAGCAGACGCAACCUGAGGUAUGACUGUACUACUGACAAGCCAGGUGUCCCCCAUCUUAUAUUUGUGCAGCUGGUUCCUCCUGCCUUUGUGUAGAAACUUACAUUUGUCCCUAUUGAAAUUCAAUUUGUUAGUUUGGUUAUUUCAAGUGUAUUUGAUCUGAACCCGAUUAAGCUGUCCUGAUCAUGGCUAUUGAUCUAUAUUGGUGUGACUGCACAACUGUUUCAAAAAUAUCUGUAGUGAUAAGCAUUAUUUUAAGGUUUUUUUAAGCAAAUAUAGCCUAGGAUAACACUUUAUUUGCAAGUAUGUGUUGCUUCAGUUCUCUGCCUCCUGACAUUAGCAUCUCACUAGGAAAUGGUCUGUUUUUGCUCUUAUAACAUGCUUUAUUUAAAUUUGAAACUUAAAAAUACUGAGGAAAGAGGCUAGCUGUAUAGAAACAAAGCCUGAUCUUUUGUAACUCUGCAUAUUUUUUCAUAGAGCUGGGAAAAGGCUUUUAAUCUAUAGUCUUCCAAAAAUGCUUAAACCAAGCCCAUUAUUGGACUAUUUUAUAUAUACAUAAAUAUUGAAAAACAAAGAAUUGUUUUUGUUUCCAUGUCUGAGAAAGUGAUCAAAAUUGCCCAUCUAUUGCCUCUUGCUAAACCUGUUUCUCAAUUCAGGUAAGCACUGUUUAUAUAGCAAGUGAUAAAUGUGUUAAUAAUCUAGUUAAUUCCCAUAUUCUGUUUCUGUGGCUGAAGUGUCUUUGUUGAUACAGCUUUGUUGAUGUGCGAGACACAGUAAUCUUUUAACAGGCUUUCUUCUCAGUGCUAUGAAUAGUAAAUGAUCUGAUGUCCUCACUAUUACAUGGCUGAGAAAAUAGCAUGGGAAAGCCACAGUCCUUUUCUCACAUUGAUUUUUUGUGUGUAUGCCUUAUAUUAUGCUUCCCCACAGUGUAUGCCCAAACCUUUCCUACAUCUGGGGCUUACACCUAUGAACUCAGACAUUCCCAUGUUUAUCAUGCUGCUUGGGCUAUAGAACAGAGAUCCCUAACCUUUUGAUGCCCAGGGAGCAUAUUUGACAAUCUAAGAAACUAAGAAAUACCCAUUUCAAAACUAGCGAUGCUAAGACACUCCCCCUCACACACAGAAAAAAGGGCAAAACACCUAUGCUUCCCCGCAAAAAUAAAUAAAACACAAAAAAGAUAACAUUUCUCCUUUUUCUUCUCCAGAAACAGCAGUGAAUGUUUUGCUGUAAUUUCAGGGAGACAAUAAGACUUGGCUCUGAUAGCUUUAAUAAAGAUUCAUAGACCAUUUCAUUAUGACGGUUGCCAGCUAUGCGAUUAGGGAGUUUCCAGCCUUUUUAUUAUGGCUUCAUAUGCUUGCAGCUGCUGUGACAUUGUUUGCCGCUGUAGUUUUGUUUGACCUUAAAGGGUCAAAGAAUUCUUAAACAGAAAAAAAAAACCCAGAAUCUUUGUUGCAUAGCUUUGAUCAUUUUCCUUCAGAGACUCACUGAGAGAUCAAGUUUAUUUCUAAAUGACAUUUCUGUUUCCAGGUUGAGUUUGCAGAGCUAUUAAAUGACCAGGCAUAACAUGAUGCAACGAUGCAUCUCUGGGGACUGGGUUGUUGUUGUUUUGGUUCCAUCUGCUGUAUUACACUUCAUGAUCAUGAGAAAGUUGACUUGUUCCUUCUCUUGUCACACUCUUAUCACAACCCUCACAACCUACUUCCUGCUAAGAGUUUUCCAACAACUUUUUUUCAGCCCCUGCCAGCUGAAAAAGUGGUUAUGACUUGUAGACCCUUCCAUGCACAUUGCUCACCACCUCUGCAUUAUAUACUCCUUAAGUGCUUUUGCUUGGCUGGAAUUUGUCCAUGAACUCUGAUGAACUGUUUGCUUACUUGGAUAGAGAAUGGAGAGGGGUGGGUGGGUAGAAACUAGCCUACUAUACGAAGGAAACAUUUACAUUAAUUACUCUGCCAUUUGCCUCUGCCCUGGACCUGCCUACCGCUGACAUGUGACCCUCAGCAAGUUGUCCAGAAGGGAAUAUCAUCAUCAAACCUUUAUUGGCAUCACAUACAAACAUUCAAAAUAUACAGGCCAGUGCGAUCUCGUCACCAUUUCAACAGUACAGUCAUUUGCCAAAGGGAAGAAGAGGCGAGCAAUCUAUUUCAUCUUUGUGGGUCUCCAGCAAGGGCAGGAUCCUGUAGUGUACUUGGGCGACAGAAAAUCAAAUAGAGGAACUUAGCUACUCUCUUGGUGAGCUCCUGGUCUCUCCCCUGUAAUAAGAAGCAUAUAAACUCUGUCUCUGGUUUCCAUGUUGGAAUACAUAGAUGGUCUAAAAAUUGUUGGCGGAGAUCAUCAUACAUUUUACAUUUAAGGGCCAUGUGAGCUAGAGUUUCUACCAGGUGGGCAUCACAUGGGCAGAUCCUAUUUCCUUCUGCCAUACCUGCAAACCUACCCCAAAGGAGGUUAGAAGGAUUAGAAUUGAACCUAACCAGCGAAAAAGCCCAGAAGGGACUAUGGCCCUUGGGCUAAAUAAGUUUUUCCUGCCAAUAGGGUAUAAGUUGCAUCUCUCUGCAAAGCACACAGAUGUGUGGACCUGUGCACAGGUGUACUAUGCAAUCCUGUUCCCCAGACGUACCUGAAAGAUGUACAGGGAACCCUUCUAAUCAGCUGUUUGGUAGGGAAACAUCCAAAGGGCCUCACAAGUAGCUCUGUAUCGUGUGAGGUGAACUGCAGACUGAGGAAAGGGGAUAUUGAAGUUCUGUUAAAAGAAAUAACACACUCUCCUUUAACCCUGUUGAUGCAGUUAUUUAUUUUUUUACCCAUUUCCUGCCCAGUGUUUAUUGUGCAAUGUAAAGCUUUUAUAGUUCUCUGAAGAUUAUUUUGUAGUGUUAUAUGGUGACAUUAUCUUGUGGCUAGCCAGAUGCCAGAAGUCUGGGGGGCAGGAAUCAGAAUUUAGGUAGACUAGUUCAGUAAUUUCACUUACAAAUACUUGUCCAAAACUAUUGAUGGUUGUGCCAAAUAUCCAACAGAUAAUUUGACUAGCCUGCUUAUAAAGCAAUCAUCAGGUACUUUGGCUAUGCAGAUAUUAUGUAGUACAAUAUAUUGUGUGUUUCAUUAUGUAUCAUUGCAAUACAGGCAUCUGUAUUCUCAUGAUAUUUUAGUGUGGUUUAGUCAAAGUAGUGCCCUCCCACUAUUGUUGGACUCUAACUCACCAGCAUUGCCAAGGGACAGAAAUGAUAGGAAAACAUCACUUGGAUGGACCUCAUUAGCUACCUCCGCUUUUGUUCUUUUUCACAUCAAACAACAUUUGCUCUUACAAAAGCAGAUUAUGAACCACUUUAAAGUAGUAAGGUUUCUAUAUAAGUUUUUGUCCCUUUUUAAAAGCUGGUUGCUGUUGGUCUGUAGUUGUUGUUAGGGCAGGCCCACUUUGUUACAUCUCAUUCUAUUGAACGCAAAUAUGUGCUAGAAAUUACAACUGGGAAUGAGCUUUUCCUGUUUUGUACUCAUUUUUUCCACCCUUUUGACCCAGGUUGCAGUGUGUGUGUGUGGAGCAAUCCUUUCUGCUUCAUGAAGCCUCUUAAGUCUCUGCUCCAAGGGAGACUGUGAGUGAAAACAAAAGGUCACACACAGUUUUGGGAAGCCCCCGGGACAUUGUUAUAAUGACUUAAUGCACAAACAUAUUUUAAGAGAACAGAUUUAAUGAUGAGGUCAUAAGUUAAUGGAGGCUGGGUGGAAUGGAAUGUAGAGGUGUAGAUCAUGUAUGCCAGAAUGUUUAAUGUCAUGGAGCUUCCUUGUUGUAAAGCCCUCGGUGUGUAGAUAUAAAAUUGCUCUUUGGUGCUGGAAGUCAAAACCUGCUUAUAUGUGGACAGAACUGGUUAAGAACUCAUGUUCAUCUUUAUGUGCUGUUCUUGGUGCUACAAUAUUUUGUUUUGCUUGUUUGUUUAAACGAUCAAAUUAUUUAGAAAAGUAAACCUAUUGUGAACAUGCCCAGUGAUUUUUCUCAAAUAAGUUUCCCCUUUGUUUUUAUCUGAUUCUCUCAUGUGGGUUUUGGAAUUCAGUUACCGUAUAACAAGAUCCUCAUGGUGUAGCUGACAUUUCCCAGAAUCCCUUGAAUUUGGUGCUAUGGAAUGUUGUGUUGCCAUUGGUAAAAUGCCACCACACGUUGUCUAAACCCUCAGGCUCAGGAUCAUGUCAGGGUUUUGUUAACAUGGUUCCAGCUGUUCUCACUCUUAGUCUAUUGUUUUCCUUUCUCCUGCAGAGUUUCUUUAUAAAUGUUAUGGAAGCACACUAGGCCUUUUGUUGUUGUGUUAAAUAGUAGUUUUAAUGCUAGUUCACACAGGUAUUUGAUUAUCAUAAUAUCAGGACGAUUUCGAGUUCUAACACCAAUGAGAGAGCUUUGGCACUCAAAGUCUCCCGAAGCAGUAUUUUUCAAUGGAGUCAGUUUGUACACUAAAACCCCACUAGCACCAUAGAUUUAAAACAAUAUGAUGCCACUUUAAACAAUCAUGGCUUCCCCCAAAUAAUUAUGGGAGCUGUAGUUGGGUAUGGGUCCUGAGAGCUGUUAGGAGACCCUUAUUCCUCUCUUAGAGCUGUCAUUCCCAGAGAUCCUUGUGAAGAGGGACUGAUUGUUAAGCCCAGUGCUUUUUUCUGGGGGGACACAGGGGUACGCAUACCCCUAAACAUUUUGUGAAUCUUAAGUUUGGUCUCAUUGAGGAGCAGUAUUUCAAUAUGAGUAGGAAAAUGAGAGUACCCCUAAACAUCUUUUUAGAAAGAAAAAAAAGCAUUGGUUAAACCACUCUUGGUACUGCAGUUCUGGAAGGGGCUGUCUGGUAACCUGCAAAUCACUGUUUUAAAGCAAAUCUUCCCCAAUUAGUUUAUAGCUCUCUUGCUUGUGUGACCUAAAAUGUAAUCUCCACAACUAAAUAGCAUGCAAAUGAAUCUUCUCUGCAAUAUGUUCCCGAGCACAUGCAGUUUCUCAUUAGUAUACCAGGUGGGGGCUGCAGAAGAAGAGAGACCUUGUUCUUUAUAAACUGGGAACCAGGACGUUUAUAUUGCAUUGUGUUUGAGAGUUUUAAAAGUACUUUUUCAAUAGCUCUGAAAUAUGGUAAUACUUUUCCUGGUCUCCUCUUAUCUGUAUGAAGUGCAUGUGCUUUAGUGAUGAUACUUUAUGUUGUUUUUAAAAGAAACCCUGCUUAAUAUAGGAAGAUGUCAUUGACCUUAUUGAGUAAUUAAUGGAGAUAAUUAAGCUGUCACUGUGGGUGAAAUCUGAAUACGUUGCAGCUUGAAAAACAUGCACAGUCUGAGCAGCAAAGCAUUCAGUCUUUGGGUUUAUUCCUUUGGUAUUGGUGAACAGAUAAGUAUUGUUAUUUUCCAUAAUGGAAGGACUGUUCAGUGUGGCGCUACUGAAGGGAUUAGUGUAAUAUAAAGUGAAACUGAUCUGGAGCAGAGUCCUCUUCCACAAUUAAAGAUAGUUCCAUUUACUGAGGAAGAAAAGAGCAGACAUGUUUAAGACAACCCUUUUCAUUUAUUUCAUAGGAUUACCUUGAUUGUAUCACUGACCAAUCCAAGCUCUCUUUGGGGAUGGAGGAACGAUCAGCUUUGUUUGGAAACAUAAAAGAUAUCUACCAUUUCAACAGGUGAGUAAAUAUUGGACUUAAAUGAAAACAUAUCUGGGGACCACAAAUCCAAGCUUUUGUUCAUUCGUGCACUCCCCCCAACAGAUUAAAUAUUAAAGUAAUACUAAAAUAGGGGUGGUUGGUGCUUCAGGCCAAAGUCCCCCCAAAGGUAUCUGUGCUGUGAAAACAAAUGCUAGCACAAGACAUUUACGGGAGUUCCCAAGUGCCAUUGGAACAAGUGCCAUUGGAAUAAGCCCUGCAUAUGAAUGGGUAGGGAUUGAGGCAUGUUUUAAAAGAGAGGUAGAGCUGGGUAUCAUCCGCAUACUGGUGAACACCCAGCCCAAAUCCCCUGAAGAUAUCUCUCAGUGGCUUUGUAUAGAUGUUGAAAAGCGUGAGGGAGAAGACAGAGCCCUCAGGCACCCUACAGGGGUCCAGACUCUCAUCCUCCAACACCACUUUCUGGACAUGGCCUACGAGGAAGGAGUGGAACCACUGCAUAACAGUCCUCUCAGCUUCCAACCCCCGUAAAUGAAGGUCAGUCGAAGGCAACCUUCCCUCACUUGGGCAGCAGCCCCAAACAAUUUACAGGCAGCAGCCCUGAGCAAGGGAAGACCAAUCUGUCAAUACCUGCUGGUGAGUUUCUGUACCAGUUCUUUAGGCAGGAAGCUUUUGCUUCAGGCAGAGAGGUCCUCUUCAUACUUUUGGGUGUUGUUGGGGUUUUAUUUUUAUUUAUUUAUUUGCAUUUUCCUGCACUGCUUAUUUUCAUUAAAGGUAAGAAGAACCCUUCCAUUUCUUUUUCUAAUUACCUUCUAACUACCUCUAAUUAGCUUUUGCAGAUGAAUGUCGUGGAAUCAUGGGGAUAACAAGCUGAAUACCCAGUCAUUACUUUGUCAGAUUUUGUGGUGUAGAUGAAGAUAGCAUAAAAGUACACAUUCCUCCAUAGUUGGUUCCCAAAACAGUUCAGUUGUGCACAUGCACUUGUUCGCCCACAAAUACUACCCUUCUAGUCCAGAGAUUAAACAUCUGACGAUGUAGCUUUGUAUUGCAAUAGUGCUCCAUGUUCAUAUUUAGCUUAUGUAAUUAAAGAGCGAUGGACUACAGGGUCAAAGAUCUAAUAUGGGCUUUAGUGUAAAGUGCUGCUGGCAUAGAUAACUGUUAUCUUGCAUCAAGAGUUGGCCGGCAUAGGGUUCUGCCGCUUCUUUUUAAAUGUAUGCCCCUUUUAAAAACAUUUUACGUAGUCAUUUCUGCAGACAUGCAAUACUGAACGAUUUCUCUACUUUGACCUAUUGGCUUCUUGUCAAGAAAAGCCUUUGCUAAGUAGUGCCAGGCAAUGCAUACAAACAUGAAAUUUAAAUUAAAAGAUAAAGACGUGUAAAAGAAUGGCCCUCUAAGUGGUUUUGGCUGCUAGACUUUUUACUGCAUUUAUCUCUCUUUUUCAGUUUUUGGCAGCCUGAAGUUCACUAGGCACGGCACAGACUUGUCAGGGCAUUUGAAAAAUGACAGUCAGCUUUGGAUUAUUAAUUCUUUGAAGCCACUUGCUAUUCUUCAUUUGUAAAAUUUAACAUUCUGCCUGGGCCGGGAGAAAAGGAGUGAUUCCCUCCCUUUACUAUUCUGUAAUGUCUUGAUCCUACAGAGAUGCAAGGACCUAAUAAUAUUUUUACAAACAGCCCUCCUCCCCAAUACUAUGCAACUCUUUCAGGAAAGGGUAAUUGUAAGCAGGAACAGGAAGUACAGAGCUGUGGGCACCAAGCACAGGGAUUAAAUAGGCCAUGACUUAAAAUAAAGAAAUGUGGGAACGAGAACAUAGCUAAUGAGACAAAGUGUGAAGGGAUGCCGGGAACCCACUCAAAUGAGAUGAUCAAGGAUAACUAGCCAAGAUGCCCCUUGGCACAACUGUACUGACCUUUUAAGCUAAUGCCCAUUUUCCUCCUCUUGUAAAGAACAUACAGUACUGUGAGGUAAGUUCCUCACUGGAGUUGCUGGUUGACAUUAUUUUCACAACCAAAAGCAGCAUUCCCCGUCAUAAGCUGCUGUGUAGCUGUGUGAAUGCUUGCCAUUCCCUGUCUCACUGGGAUGAAUCUGCCAUUCAUCUCCUAGCCAAUAUACAGCAACUUGCCCAUUGUAUGCAACCUGCACCCAAUAAGACCUGGGUUGUUUUCACAGUUACCUGGGGGAAAGUUCCCUGGAAGUCGGUGGAAUGUAUUUCUGAGUAACUAUGGUUAGGAUCACAUGCCGAAGGUUAGGCUAAAUAUGAUACACAGAGACAUAUGCUUCUCUCUUCCACAGUCAAAUCAAAAGAGUUGGGGUGGGGAUAAAGCACAACUGUGCACACUGUGUUAGUCUGUACUGGAUGUUGCAAGCCUAUGCCUGCUCCGUAGCAACAACCUCACUGAUCUCAAAGGGCCUGCUAAGUGAAAUGCAAAGAAUCAGGUUUGUAACUGUAAGUUCAGUUACUGAUGGAUGCUUUUGAUAUUUCCUCCCCAACAGCAGACUAAUGAGACUGUGGCAAUCCUGAUUAUCUUUGGUGCCUCUAAAUCUGCUGUAAAGCUUAUAAACUUACCCUGCUAAUUAUCCACUCAGUUUUGUUUAAAAAUAAGCAUGCAUCCACUUACAGCAACAAUUAAUGUCAAAAUCUAUUUGGCUACCAGCGUGUCAAAAGUUAAAAGAACAGCUUGCACGUGAGAGCCUGCUUAUAAACACAACAGGGCAGGGUUGUUUGAGCGUAUGGCCUGGUGCAGGAAACCAUUUUAUACUUUGCUGCCUCUCUUCCACCUUUCCUAAGUAGUGUAAGCAGUGCAAUGACUUAUGUUUUUUCUCCUCGUUGUGAUUCAAGGGUUUUUGUACAUAAUUGAGAAGGGAGUAGCAACCGAAGUGGCUAGAGAGAGAAUCCUUCCUCAAUAGGAGAGAGAGAGAUAGGCAUGUGGCCCCAUAAUAUACAGCAGCACUAUGGGUGCUACGUGCAUGGAUCACUGUGCUUGUGCAUGGAAGGCCUCCCUAGUGCUGCUCUUCAUGCUCUUCUGCAUGUUUGUGUUGCCCCUCCCAUUCAAGGUUUUUUAAGCUACACAGUACUCUCUCUGUGUGAAAGAGAGCGACAGAGAUGCAGAAAGGUGCAUGGUGAUGUUUGUAAAAGAGCCACACUAUGGAGGUGCAGGGGCGGAGGAAGGGGGUGCGGUGGGUGCUGGUCACCCCAGGUGUCACCACUGAGAGGGGGUGACAAAAUGCCAGGCAGCACUCACCGUGGGGCCUGCAGUACACCCGAGCCACACAUCUCUCCUGGGAGAGAUGCAGUGGCUUGGGCACCCGCUGGCUCUGUGCUGCCCAAAUGGUUGGCCCGCUGCCUACCCACCCCCCAGCUGUAGUGCAGCUGAGUGGGAGGAGGCAGGCAGAUUCCGGAGGCCCCGCAGUGUGCCCCACCCUCACCCCACCCCUAUGGGUGGCUUGCCCUGCCCCUAUGGGCGCGCCGCCUCAGGCUCCGCAGCGGCUUCCUCCGCCGCUGCGGAGGUGCGCAAGUUCCAUGCUCCCACUUUCUCGUAGUCAGUACAGAAAAGAACUGGCUGUCUUUUAAUGAAAGACAGAACUGGUGGUAGAGGCAAGAGUACAAGCAAAAUGGUGAAGGCAUGUUGGGCAAACGAAGGCAAAUGCUGCAUAAUUUAUUGAUAGGGUAAGAAUAAAGGAAGUGUUAGAAUAUUAGUAACCCAAAUAACUAAUGAGGACUUAGCCCUAUAGCAAGUCAUAAUAUUAACCAGGCUACUUUAUUUCAAAUAUUAUGACAAGUGCAAUGCUUAUUUUGAUUGUAGCUGGUAUAUAUCAGUGUGUGGUUCUCCAUAUUUUUAUUUUUAAAAUUUCUUUCUUUCUUUCUUUCUUUCUUUCUUUCUUUCUUUCUUUCUUUCUUUCUUUGUGUCAACUAGUGAACUUCUGCAAGAUUUGGAAAACUGUGAAAAUGAUCCUGUAGCUAUAGCAGAAUGUUUUGUUUCUAAGGUGAGUAAUACUAAGGUGAUAUUGAUCUGAGCUAUUGCAUAUUACAGCCUCUUUGAAUAUAAAACUCAGGAUGAUUCAGUCAGUUCCCAGACGUCUGCAACUGAGUUAGCUGUGUAGUAAAGUUUUUCAAAGUUAAAAGAAAUAUUUUUUUUAUGGACAUUAAAAUAUAUUAUUUCCUUCCCUCCCUAAAUAUUUCUGAACAGAUCAAGAACUAUGAAAACAUUUUGAGACCAUUUCCUUUUUCCUCACAGAUCACUACCAGGACAGACUUAUUGAAAUGAUUAAGAGCUGUACAAUUGUACAUCUGUGUCUCAGAUCAUUACAGCUUUUGCUAAAUUCCUGUAUAUUAUUACAUUUAAAGGAAGAAAAGCAAAUGUGACUCAUCUCUUUGGGCUAAAGCUGUAUUUAUCAUCUUUAAUAUUUUAAAUAUUUUCCUCUAGAACUGUCAUAAAAUAGACUGAGAGCACAUUUGUCAAAAGGAUUUUUUUUUAAAAAAAUCCAUAGUUGCAUGCCGUAUUUGUUAGUAAUUCAAAUUAUUGUGGUGUGUGACAUAAUCUCACAUUUACUAUGAAACUCUGGUAUAAGAAACCUUUUUGAGUAAACAGGAAGAAAUUAGGUUCUCAUAUAAAGGACUAUCUCUAAUGCCCCUCUUCCCCACAAGCUUUGAAGUGGCAAUGGUGAGUGGGAAUUUCUCUCAAGACAUGUGGACUGCUUGUACAUUUCUGUUACUGCAUAUAUGGUAUCCCAUGGUAUGAGUAAUGAGUUGCCUGAGUGAUUUUGUUAACACUUUUUUUUUUUUUUUUUGCAAAGACUGCACGUAAUUAUCCAGCUCCUAUAAUUCAUAUCUGAUUAUCCAAUGUGCCAGCUUUGCAACCUGGCUAUGUGGACUGGAAACCACAUUCUGCUUCAGAGAAUGGUGGAUGAAGUCACCAGUAUUCUACAUGGUGCUAUUCUCAGCUGUUUCUUGUAUUUGGUGUAGGAUUUAUUCUUUUACCGUGACUGCUCAUGUUUUAUAUUAUGGACGUCGGUGGUGCUGUGGACUAAACCACUGAGUCUCUUGGGCUUGCCAAUCAGAAGGUCAGUAGUUCGAAUCCCUGUGAUGGAGUGAGCUUCCAUUACUCUUUCCCAGCUCCUGCCAACCUAGCAGUUCGAAAGCACACCGCUGCAAGUAGAUAAUUAGGUACUGUUGUGGUGGGAAGGUAAAUGGUGUUUCUGUGCACUCUGGUUUCCGUCAUGGUAUUCCGUUGUGCCAGAAGCGGUUUAGUCAUGCUGGCCACAUGAUCCAGAAAGCUGCCUGUGGACAAACGCUAGCUCCCUUGGCCUGAAAGUGAGAUGAGUACCGCAACCCCAUGGUCACCUUUGUCUAGGGUACUUUAACUUUUAUAUAUAUAUAUAUAUUUAUUAUGGUAAUAGCAUUCCAUUCCAUCUAGGGUGAAAUGAGUUCUAUGGUUCCUGAACAUGCUCCGUAGGUACAUAGGGUGAUCCUUAGCUGAAGCUGAACAGGUCAAGGUCUGAUCAGGACCAAGGUGCAGCUACGUAAUUUUAGACCCUGUACUUAAUGUCCUUACGGGGUCCUGCUUUACGCUGCCAUGUUGCAACAUCAGCUGUGAAACACAUAGUUAACACUUCUUUUCUUCUUGCCUCCUCCACCUGAUUCAGCCAUGCCAUAGUUUACAAAUGCAGCUGGUGAGGAUGUAGGAGUAGAAAGUAGGAAAUGAGGUCAGCAACUCUAAGAGUUUCAGUCUGGCACCUGAGGAAGGUCAGCACGGGUUAGGUUAGAAAGGACAGUCUAGGAAACUUGGAAGUUCUCCUCUCUGUCUGCUUUUCCCCAUGCAUUCAGUCUUGGUAUAAUUCAAGACUUUAUGUCUUGAAUUAUACCAAGUUUACUUUCUUGGGUGGUGGUGGGACUUGGCCAGGGCUCUCCUUACUGUGUUGCAAAUAUACUGACAAAUGCCAUUUAGUUUUGAAACUUGAAGCUCUGCAGCAUAAAUGUUUCCAGUUCAGUCUGGAUUUUGCUUCAGGUUUCAAGUGACAAAUACAUUAUUGCAUUUCAGAAGAAUUGUACUUAUUUUCUUCAAGUGUGGAUAUGGUUAGUUUUCUUGGCUUUGUGAUUGGAACAUCCUUUUUCAUUCUUCUUAUCAGCUGUGGUUGACUGAGGCAUUUGAACUAACAGUACUGUGCUUUAAGAGAGGCAGAUGUCCAAACUUUUGACUCUGGUCCAUGGGCUUUAUGUCUUUUAGAUUCAGAAAUAAGAGGACAGUUUUGUCCUUUCAGCUGGUAAUCAGAAGGGGAAAGUUUAAGGCAGUUGUGAGCUAACUGCAUCUGUUUCACAUCUUCCACUCUCCCGUUCACCCCCUCUUUUUUAUUUUUUUUUACAAGAGAGAUUUUAUUUGUCAUGUUAAACUUCACACAGUAGAAUCAUCUGGAAAUAUAUAUGCCUAAAAAUAAAAUAUACACAGAUUUCUAUGUUUUAAGUACUGCAUGAUGUUAACACUUUCAUGGUCUACAGUAUUUAUGGCUCUCUGCUGGCCAUGUUGCUGAGCUCUUGUUGAACAUCAAAGGAUCUUGCUACAGGUUCAGGAAUACAUUAUCUGUAUAGUAAUGCAAACUAGAAGUGCAGGUUUGAUGGAACUUAGAAGGGUCUCAACAUACAGCCUAUCCUCCCCCCAACUCAUAACAUUAUGAUUUAAUAACUAUGAAAUCUAAGCACAGUUAUUGUAAGCUAGACUGCUAUUUUCUGCUUUUUCAUACUUUCUUUUUAAAUUCUUAUUUACAGUUUGGGUAUAAUUUUAAUAUUGAAUUCUGCAUUUGAGAAGCCAUUGGUAGCCCCUGCCCCAUUACAUGUGAUAACUAGAAUGUGACUGGAUUCCACCAGUGAAUUACAGACUGUAACGUCUCUGUUGCAGAUUGUGGUUUCACUUGAUUACUACUUAUUUGUAGGUGAAGGUUUCCGCUAUAGCUGGAGUUGUUUUUAAAAGCGUGUGCAUGACAUAGGCUGUGAUGCAAGCUUAUUGUGUCUCAUGCCAGUGAAGAUAGCUGUAAGUCUUCCCAUCUUAAAUAAAAGAUAAAAUAUCAGCAGAGGCUCAGCUGUAAUCUGCCAUAAUUAUUGGGUGGAUUGUCACUGGAUUGCAUUUUAAGCAGGAUAAGGAGUUUUUACUAAUCCUAAAAGGAAAAAAGGCAGAUAGCUUAUGUUUUACCACACACUUAUCAUGUACCUUAUCACAAACUGUGAAACACUACAGAAAUCCUUAUCACCAUCCCCCAAUCAAGACAAGACUGAGCAACAGGUGACCAUCUUCAAGCAUCUGCUGCCCUAAACAAAACAAGGUGUGAACUGGAGGCUCCUGAGUAAAGCAAAUUGCAUUUAUGACAGCCCUUUCCCUUAGCUCUGAUGAUGACAAUGGGCUAGCUGUAACUGCAGUCAUCUUAUUUGCAUGUUACAACUUGCAUGUGAAUGUAUGUUGAAGUUAAAGGUAAAGGUAAAGAACCCCUGACAGUUAAGUCCAGUCGCAGAUGACUCUGGGGUUGCGGCGCUCAUAUCGCUUUACAGCCCGAGGGAGCCGGCGUUUGUCCGCAGACAGUUUUUCUGGGUCAUGUGGCCAACAUGACUAAGCCACUUCUGGCAAAAUCAGAGCAGCGCAUGGAGAUGCCAUUUACCUUCCCGCUGGAGCAGUACCUAUUUAUCUACUUGCAGUUUGAUGUGCUUUCGAACUGCUAGGUUGGCAGAAGCAGGGACCGAGCAACGGGAGCUCAACCGGUCAUGGGGAUUCAAACCGCCGACCUUCUGAUUGGCAAGCCCAAGAGGCUCAGCCCAAGAGGCUCAGUGGUUUAGACCACCGCACCAUCCGCAUCCCAUGUUGGUGCAGAGCAAAAUGGUUUGCAUUAAAUAGACCUUACGAACUGCUGAAAUUACAGAAUUAGUCUGUUUUUGUUUUGUUCUUUUUGUUCUUUUUGUUUUGUUCUCGAGUCUUCAGGAGCUGCUCCUUGUGUUUGGAACUAUGUGAAAAGUGCAUUAGGUGCAGAAUGGGAAAUCCUGUUCCCUAUUCUGAAGAUUAUACAGGGGGGAAACCCCAAAUGGUGGCAUUGUAUGUACACUUUCAAAUAAGCUUCUGUAUAGUACCAAUACUUGCCUGUAGCAAAUAAGAAAUGGCUGCAGGGAAACUUGGCACAAGUCAGCUUUGUUGCUUCUUUUUAAAUGCUUAUCAUUAAAAAAAUAAUAAAAGCAUCAACAAUAAAAACUUACUUAAAAAUCAGUUUCCAAUCCAAUUCACAUGCAGACUGGAAUAAAGCUAAUGAAUUACAUGCCUAUCAAUACGGAAGAGUAAUUUUUUAAAUAUUUUUUUUGUAAUAUGUUGGGAUUUUUUUACUGCUUUCAAAUAAGUGUUGGUUUCAGAAUUUCUAGGGAGCUGUAAUAAAAUCAAUAUACUAAAUCAGCUUCCCCCCUUUUCCUUAUAUUCAGAGUGAAGAGUUCCACAUAUAUACACAGUAUUGCACCAAUUAUCCAAGGUAGGAGUACCUUAUUUUUGUGUGUGCUCUUUCCCUUUUAUCAUUUGAAAGGUGGUGAAUAGAGAAUGUGACCAUAAUGCUUCAGACUAACAUUUAAUCCAAACGGUAUGCUUUACUGUUUGUGGAUUAUAUUAGUAAGGCAAAGAGGAUGAAUGCUUCCUUGCCCAUUAGAAAAUGCAAGCAAGUAAUUUUAUGCUUAUUUUAAUUAUGUUGCAUGGUAAUCAGUUAUUUUGAAAGUAGGAUGCUAAGACUUGUUACUUGUGUGGCAUGCAUGCACGGCAAUCGCAAGUUUGUAAACUUCACAGAACACUCCUGUUUAUCUUGCACAAGAAAUGCAUAAUGCUUGAAGUUGAUCCUAAGCAGGCAGUCACUUGUAGGACCUAUCAUGCAUCCAAAGCUGUGGAAUUCUGUAUAAUAUAGGAUUAAAAUAAUAAUAAUAAUAAUAAUUCUGAGAGCUUUAUUGAUUUGUUUUACAGGUCAGUGGCUGUACUUACCGAAUGCAUGAGGAACAAGUCCCUGGCCAAGUUUUUCAGAGAGAGACAAGAAGCUUUACAACAUUCUCUACCUUUAGGAUCUUACCUCUUAAAACCUGUUCAGCGGAUACUGAAGUAUCACCUUCUUUUGCACGUAUGUUGUCAUUUUAAGUGCCUCCUCUUCAUAUAGUCAACAGGAACCUGGCAUGGGGUGGCAGUCCAGAUCAGCAGUGUGUUUCACAUUGGGCCAGCAGCUGCUCUUUAUUCAAAAGUAAAGUGCCUAGUUUGAAGGAGGCCUGCUGAAGAGUGCAAAUACUAUAAUGUGUAGCUAGGCUUUUGUGCUGCAGUCAAAAAACAAGCAAGCACAAACUUUCUGAUGAAAGCUCAUAUGCCAGAAAGAAGUACUGUAACCUAGCCUUCACCCUGACAUGCUAGGCUUCUGCAGAUGUUGAAUUUCCAACCCUUCCUGCCCCUUUCUCCAUCUUUCUCCCCUCCUGUGCUCAUCAAACAGCUUCUUUUCUGAUGCUGCAGCUUCUUCAGAAAACAUGCAGUACAGACCUAUACAUAUUUUCAUAAAAAGAGUGCAGUGCAGUCCUGAAGAGAGCCAGUGUGGUGUAGUGGUUAAGAGCGGUAGUCUCGUAAUCUGGGGAACCGGGUUCGCGUCUCCGCUCCUCCACAUGCAGCUGCUGGGUGACCUUGGGCCAGUCACACUUCUCUGAAAUCUCUCAGCCCCACUCACCUCACAGAGUGUUUGUUGUGGGGGAGGAAGGGAAAGGAGAAUGUUAGCCGCUUUGAGACUCCUUAAAGGGAGUGAAAGGCGGGAUAUCAAAUCCAAACUACUACUACUACUACUACUACUACUAUUCUUCUUCUUCUUCUUCUUCUUCUUCUUCUUCUUCUUCUUCUUCUUCUUCUUCUUCUGCUGUACAUCUUUACAUACUGUGCUCAUUGGGGCUCUUGCACUAGCUGGUGUGUUUAAAAGUGAAGUUUCAAUUCCAGACAAGGGCAGCUGGUGAGGAGGGUGGGCCUGUAUGAAGUCAUCUAAGCCCAACAAAAAGGUUCCCCCCCCUUUUUCAUGCAUGCAUGGUGGUAGAGAAAGUACAUAUCUCUUCCUUUCUUUCCCAUGGUUUUAACAAUAUUUUCAGAAAUCUGGUUUCUUUUUAAUGGUUAUCAUGUGCUUUCAAUUAGGAGAUUAUACCGGUAACUACAUUUCAGAGUCCAGAAAUUUUAAUUUGUAGUGUCUGCCUAAGUCUAAUGCUUGGAUAUAAUUAUCAAACUGAGGUUCUAUAGCCAAAAGUAGAGGCAAGAAAGCAUACUGAAUGACUGACUCAUUUCUCUUAUUGGAUGCUAAUAAAUUCUGCUUUGAUAGCUGCUACUAUAACGCAGCAGAGUAAUGCAGUUGCUGUAAGGAUGCCUAUAUUACUUAUGGCUCAUGAAAUCAAACACAAUCCACUAGCCAUUUAGGGCAGCCCAUCAAAGGCUCAGCAAGUCACCUAUUUUUUGCAGCUUGCUUGAGACUUCAAAAAUGGCCAGAAUGUCACACACCUGGCAUGCCACAAUAUGUAUCUGGUGGGCUUGAUCAGUCACAAAUUGUGUGUGCUUGCUGUUAGCAGAGGAUAUGCCAGUCUCGUCCAACUUUUCUUUCUCCAUCCCAGUAUAACACAGUGCCUUUACAUUAUCAGGAUCCUGGAAUCAAGAGGGGUUUGGAAAAAGGGAAAAGAGACAUAUACAAUGGAGGUGGCUAUCAGUGGGAAAAUGGGGCUGAAGAAAAAUCUCUCACAUGCAGGGUAAGGGGUUCUGUGCUGCAUAUUUUAUAGACCAGGGAACUCUGCUGUAGAGACAAAAGAAGUGAGCUGCAGUUGGGAGGGGCUAAGUGUCAGAUUAUUAACCAUAGUUUACCAUCAAAACAUUUUUGCAGACCUCUAUGAGUUGUAAAUAGUUCCCUCUUCAUUGGCUUAUUUACUAGGAGAUAGAAAACCACCUUGACAAGGACACUGAAGGUUAUGAUGUGGUUUUAGAAGCCAUAGAUACGAUGCAGAGAGUGGCGUGGCAUAUUAACGACAUGAAGAGGAAACAUGAACAUGCUGUCAGGCUGCAGGUGGGUUGACAAGUUUUCCAUGUUAGUAGUUUUUAUCUUUCUAUUUGGUUUUUGGUUUAUAUAGAUUGGGCACCAGCAUUCUAAAUGGCUAUGGUUUUGCUUUCCUGUGCAUGCUAACAAUAACAACAUCUUUUAACAUAUGUUGAAUUUGAUCUUCCUAUAUUUUAAAGCAUCACACUCAACCAUGGGAACUCCCAAUUAAUACUGGGAGAUGUGUUAUCUGUCACAUGUGAAAGUCCCUUCAAAGUGUGCUUGAGAGGUUCUUCUGAAAUCUGUGUCUGUGGAAUGUACAAAAGACACAAUUGUGCUUACAAGCUUUCUUUGGAGAGAUCAGAACCCAAAUGUACCGUAUUUUUCAUCCCAUAGGACGCUCCGUCCCAUAGGACGCACCUACUUUUUGGGGGUGGAAAUAAAGGAAAAAAAAUUUCCUUUAUUUCCCCCCCAAAAAAACCAGGUCGGGGUACAGUGGGAUGGCGGCGCUGCGCCUCCCCGCUGUCCCCCGAGCUUGUGGGGCUGGCCGAUGUCUGCCCGGCGCGAGGAGCGCUCUGCUUCAGGGCACCCCACGUGCCGGGCAGCAGGCUGCGGACACCUGCGCGAAGCACAGGGCGUCCUCCAAAGGGCGCCCCGUGCUCCGGGCUGCAGGCUGCCGCCCGCAAGCCUUGCGCGCCCGGGGAGUUCCCCGGUGCGCAAGGCUUGCAGACACCUGCACGAAGCACAGGGCGUCCUCCGGAGGGCGCCCCGUGCUCCGCGCUGCAGGCUGCCGCCUGCAAGCCUUGCAUGCCCGGGGGAACUCCCCCCGGGUGUGCAAGGCUUGCGGGUAGCUUCGUGGAGCCUGGAGAGCGAGAGGUGUCGGUGCGCAUCGACGCCUCUCGCUCUCCAGGCUUCAGCGAAAGCCUGCAUUCGCCCCAUAGGACGCACACACAUUUCCCCUUCAUUUUUGGAGGGGAAAAAGUGCGUCCUAUAGGGCAAAAAAUACGGUAAAUCUUCCUUCUCUGUCAGAAGAUGAAGUUUCGUUUGUACACCCACCCAGUUUCUUUGCGGUCAGUGAUUCAUUUGUAGUCUUAAAAACUUGUUCACAUGGCUUAUGACUGCCCAAAACAUCUCACAAAUGCAUAUUUCCAAGUUGUGGAUUGGUUCAGACAUCAUAUUGGACUUCUGCUUAUUUGAAGAAAUCCUAUGGGUGAAUCCAUUCACAUAAGCAAUGCAACUCUUAAUUUGGGUGAGCUUCUAUGAUAUCUGAGACUCUAAUGAAUAUAAUUUAAGUUGCUGUGGUUAAGCUUUGUGAGUUUCAGGCAUACAGCGUGCAUUGAUAAUGUAACUAAAGAUACUGCAAGGACUAAUGUGAAUUCAAAGAGCAACCAUAUGCAAACUUACAGUAGGUUAACAGGAAGUAUACAAUUGCAGGCUGCCUGGAAAAGUAGCUAGUACUUUCCAAUUCUUGUGUACUUCAAAGACCCUUUGAUCACAUAAGUUGUUUCUCACAUCUUGCACCAUUAUAAAACACCCUCCCCUUCUUCCUAUUCUUUUCCAUAUAAUGGCCCAUCUAUCCCUCUUAAUGUCCAACCUUAUGGCUUGCUAAGAACUCUCUCCUUGUGCCUACAUCAUCUCUAGGGGACCAUGUAAGAUAAUCAGACAACAGUGCAGUGCAAAUUGACUGUGUGUCAUAAAAUACACAUCUGCCAACUCUGACAUUUAGAAAUAGAUUUCUGUUUGCCUAUCAUAUGACAAAUGCCUGUACGCCGCAACGUACCGUGAGACAGCUGUAGUAUUUCUGUUCAUGUAGAACAGGAGAGGGAAACUCUCUGCCUGGGGACCUGAUCCACACACAUCCAUGCAAAUGGUCAUAAGCUGCAUUAGGGUUCUGAAACCACAUGGAGGCCUGCCUCCUGGUCUAAGGACCAGUUUUGCAUCACAAUUCCUGUGGUGGUCCUGCUGCCAUUUCUGCUGCCCUGAGCUCUUCCUGUAUGUGUGGUGGUGCGUAUGCGUGUAUGAGGGAGAGCAAAUGUGAAAUGGUUAUGCCCACUUUGGCCAUGCCCACUGCUAGGGUGUGGCCCUUGGAAGGUAGGUCAACAGAGAAUGUGGCCCUUGGUUAGUCAUCCCUGAGGUAGAAGCAAUGCUUUUUCACACUGUUGACUAGAGGAGAGGAACAUGAUAGUGGCUUCAUUACACAGCACUUGCCAUGUGAUAUUUCCCAACGUUGUGUUUUUAAUGUGCUUGCUUCAUUAUCCCACCCUCCUCCCUUUUUUCAGGAGAUACAAAGCUUACUCACUAACUGGAAGGGACCGGACCUUGCUAGUUACGGCGAGUUGGUUUUGGAAGGAACAUUCCGCAUCCAGAGAGCCAAAAAUGAGCGCACUCUGUUCCUCUUUGACAAGCUGCUGCUCAUUACGAAGAAGAGGGAAGAGACUUUCACCUACAAAGCUCAUAUCUUGGUAGGUCUGUUUGUACUUGCAGGAGGAGGCUAAGGGAACAAGCACCCCAAGGGCUGCAAAGGAGAGGAAAUGGUCUAUUUCAAAAUGUCCAAAAUAUAAAUACCCAUUCUGUGCACAAGAUCUUCCUCUGACAAGCCUUUCUCUCUGUUGCAGUGUGGCAAUCUCAUGCUAGUGGAAGUCAUACCAAAGGAGCCUCUGAGCUUUAGUGUCUUCCAUUACAAAAAUCCCAAGAUGCAACAUACGGUUCAGGUAUUUAAAAGCCAUAACAUACUGAAUGCAUUCUGAAACAUGUUAUUAAGGAUAUAAUUUUCCUGAUAUGUAUCCUGUGUAUUGUACCACGUAGAUAGUAUUCCACUUCCAGGUUUGUGCAGGAAAACCAGGCCGUAUUUCCUAUGAUCUCAUUCUAUCCAAUUGCCCCCUUCCUUUUAGAGAGCAGUACAAUCCCAAAUUAAUGCAAUCAUGCAGUGGGAACAGGAACUGCUUUUAAUACCCUAAGGGGCAAACUGGACAUGCACUUUAAAAUGUUGCACCAAUGCGGAAUUUUUCCUAAGGUUGGGAGAGAGGAAUGGUUUUCAUUAGGAUCUCUAUGAUCUUCCAUCCAGCUGGGCUCCCUAGCCCCUGUAAUUAAUGAAGGAAAAAACAAAAGAUGUAACUGCAUUCUACCUAUUUAAGUGCACAUCUAGUUUGGCCCUCAGCUUCUGUUUCAUCUUUGCACUUUGAGAAUUAGACAAGUAGGGAUUUUGAAAAUGCAUGUGUGCCUGAAACUGAUAAUAAUAUUUUUGAAACCCUUUAUUUCACUGAAUUUUGAACAGUAUGCCUCAAUUCUGAUCUUGGUUAAUUCUUGGAGGAGGAAACCACAGGUCAAUUUUAGAAAAGUAUAGUGAGGUCAAUGAACAUUACUGUGACUUGGAAAAUAAAAUGACUAAUGGGAUGAGUUUUGUGGGUGAAUAGAUACAGAUAUAUAUAGAAACAGUGCCUGCUUCCCAUUCUAGCAGAUCUCUUCAGGAACAAGCAACCCAGCCUGCCCUGCACCACACAGCAUGUUAAGAAGUAAUUCAUAUCCUGCCCAAGCCACUAAUCUGCACAGGAGCAACAUGAUAACCUCAUAGAGGGGGAAAGACAAGGAACUAGGGCAUGCAGACACACAAGGCACUAUUACAGCCUGUGGUGUUCAGCUUUGCUGUCUCACCAUUUUCAUGUUAGUUGCCAAUUGUGUUAAAUAAAUAAAUAAAUAAAUAAAUAUGUUUUUUAUAAAUUGUCAGCUACCAGACAUAGAAUAAUAUUCAGAAAUAUACUAAAAGCAUUUUAUUCUGAUGAUCAUAGAAGGAUGUAGUGGAGCCAAGACAUUUCUGACCUUUCUUGUGGAAAGCUGUAUAGACCCCUGUAUGGGAGACCCUGUGACUCUCUCAGAUGUUGCUGAACUCUCGGCCCCCUUCAGGCAGCAUGGCUAGAGAUGAUGGGGAUGGCAACAGAUUCCCCAUCUCUCCCCUAUCCCAUCCACUGGAAGUCAGAGCCUUCUUCACGCUCAACCCUUGACUCUGCUAAAUUUAUUGUCUGGUGUUACCUACCUUCACUCCUUCAUCUCUAGCUAUAACUUACUGCAUUCUUGCAACCUGUAACAGGCCAAAUCACAGCAAGAUAAACGCCUUUGGAUUCUUCACUUGAAGAGAUUAAUUCUUGAAAACCACCCUGCCAAAAUCCCAGCUAAGGUAAAAUAUUAACAACUGUCUUAUUUGUUUGUUUGUAUUUCUAUUGAUUGAUUGAUUGAAUUUAUAUACCGCCCUAUAAACGGAGGUCUCAGGGCAGUUCACAGAACAAAAUCAAAAUAUAAAAACACAAAAUAUAUAAUCAAAAUAGAAACAACAACCUAAUAACACCCCCCACACACAUUUUUAUUAUUAAUUUAAAAAAAAGGCAUAGGAUGUCUAUCAAAUCAACCAAAGGCCUGGUUAAAAAAGGAACUUUUUUGCUUGGUGCCUUUUUAAGAGUGUGGAUAUGUUAAAAAUAAAAUAUGUGUAUUUUAGUCUUCUGUGAUAGAUGCAUCUGGGUAGCCACAUUAUGAUAACAGCACAUGAAUUGCAUUCCACCAAGUUCACUUGAAUCAGGACAGUUUUGAAACCAAUGUUGCCUUUCAGAUUUUAGAAGGUUUGGUGUGGUGGUGCACCCAGUGUCUGAGGGAAGGACUAUUGCUGACCUGAGGUGUUAAGCAAGUCCAUAUGGUUUAUGCAAAAUAUUUGUUUUUAUUUUUUCAGGCCAAGCAAGCAAUUCUUGAAAUGGACGCUAUCUGUAAGUAUAUUUGCAUAUAACUAUUCAUUUGCAUUUUAAUUUUUUUUAAAUUAAAAAACUUGGAAAAAUAUGUAAUAGACAACUAGAUGCAUUAAUCUUAGCUGCCACAAUGUUUUCUGGUUCCAGCUCAGAGCUUUUGAAAAAGAACGUGGGUGAGACUUUUAGAUACUUUCCCUCUUGUACAAUUUGUUUCAGUAAGCUAGAUACACUAGCCACAAACUCAAACUUCCAUGUGUCACAGUGUCUAAACUCAAAUCUCUAACAUGAGAAUAAUAUUGCUGGCCUAUUUUACAGAAUUCUUAUAAGGAUUACUGAGAAUGUACAUGACACACACUCAGGGAAAGUUGCUGCUACCACCACUGUUUACAGGACCCGUAACAGAGAAUCUUUGCUAGUAGCAGUUAAUUAAAUGUUUUCAGACACGGCUGCAGAACAGCAAUAGUGUUUGGAUGAUUGGUGCUGCCGGUGAGCCCCAGUGGGAUUGACUCUGCUAGGCAGUUCCCUAUGGGCUGAUUGGUGGUUAUAGCAAGUACCUUUGAAAGCACGCUAUCAGUGUCAGUCACUUCACCCUUUGAAGUUGUCACCUGACUUCGUAAGGAAUUUCAGUAAGAUUAUAUAAUAUAUAGCCUAUUAAUUUUUGAACUUUAUUAAGAACUAGCAAAAUUAUAUGAUAGGCAAUGUUCUACAUCCGUGUGUAUUUAUGAAGAGCUUUUAUACUCCUUGUUGGGGAGAAUUCUACAAGGUGAGGCAGUUUUUCCCUCCAUCAUAGAGCUAAGCCACCCCAGUUUUAGGGUUGUGUACUGGUUUUGGCCCCUUCAUGGAUCACUGCCUUGUCGUGACGAAGGGGCUUGAAUAACUCCGGGAAGCUAUGAGCUAUGCCGUGCAGGGCCACCCAAGACAGACAGGUCAUAGCCAAGAGUUUAGACUAAAUGUGAUCCACCUCGAGAAGGAACUGGGAAACCACUCCAGUAUUUUGCCAAGAGAACCCCAUGGACAUAAAAAAGGAGAAGCUUUGAGAAGGAAGUGAGAGUUUCCAAGGCAUGCUCUGGUUCAUGAGGUGACGGAGAGUCGAUCACGACUAAGAUGACUAAACAACAACUGGUUUUGGCAACAGUGUUGUUCAGUGUAACUCUAUUUCCCUUCUAUAAAAGAUUGGCAACCACAAGCAAGAUCAAAAUUUUCUGCUUACGAAAGUUUUGCCAGCUCGUCCAUCACCUUGUGUUUUGAGAUUCUUAAUAAGAGCACAUUAAAUAAUUAAUGAUGAACUAUGCUGUCUUUUCAAUUCAUUUUUAAUAUCACCCUUCCAAGGGACUCCUAUUAUGCAUGCAGAAUGUCUUCUCCAAAAUUGUGUGUGGAGUGAAAGACAUUUACAUAGCUUGUAUGUUGCUACCCAAGACAUUUCCCAAGCAUCCCUUUCAAAGCCAUUCACUAAUAUUAAAUAAAACUGAAAAGUAUCCUUGGGAACAAUCAGGGGGCAUUCUCAAAUUGUUCAUAGGUGGCUCCAGCCCAGGCAUAGGCAAACUCGGCCCUCCAGAUGUUUUUGGACUACAAUUCCCAUCAUCCCUGACCACUGGUCCUGUUAGCUAGGGGUGAUGAGAGUUGUAGUCCCAAAACAUCUGGAGGGCCAAGUUUGCCUAUGCCUGCUCCAGCCUGUAAAACCAAGCCCGCUUCUCCCUGCAUUGUCCUAUUCUAAGUUUUGUUUAUGACGAAGCCUUGAGAAAUGUAAUGCUGUAAUCAUAAAGUCUUCUCCAAAAUCUCACCUGAUAUAUGAAGUCAUACUUACAUAUUGUUUCUCUAAUUUCUUUAUAGAUCACCCAGGAUUCCAUUAUAGCCCAGAAGGAGAAAUGAAAGCAUCGAGUAAUUCUAAAGAAGGAAUCGCCCCACAGAGGGUGAGAAGGAAGUCAGGUAAUAAAAUAUUUUGUUGUGGUUUCCUAGAAUCAUAGAAUCAUAGAGUUGGAAGAGACCACAAGGGCCAUCGAGUCCAACCCCCUGCCAAGCAGGAAACACCAUCAGAGCACUCCUGACAUAUGGUUGUCAAGCCUCUGCUUAAAGACCUCCAAAGAAGGAGAUUCCACCACACUCCUUGGCACCAAAUUCCACUGUCGAACAGCUCUUACUGUCAGGAAGUUCUUCCUAAUGUUUAGGUGGAAUCUUCUUUCUUGUAGUUUGGAUCCAUUGCUAUAACUUUCUUGUAGUUUGGAUCCAUUGUUUGGAUCUAUAUGAGCAUUCUUUUACAGUCAAGUCAUCCGAAAAGGUCCUUGUACUUCCUGGUCUCCCACCAUCAGAAAAGUGGUGAGUUGUGCUGUGCCUUUUCAAUAGCAGCACCAAGCCCUAUGGAAGAGGUAGGGAAACUGUGGUCCUCCAGAUGUUAGCAAACUACAGCACCCAUCAUUCCUGAGCAUUGGCCAUGCUGGCUGGAGCUGAUGGGAGUUGAAGUCCAACAACAUCUGGAGGCCACAUGUUCUCCAUCCCUGGUGUAAACCCUGUUUUGAGAACUUCUUUGCCUGGCACUGACUAACACAUAUAAUUUGGUGUAAAACCAAAGUCCAGGACAGUCCACUAAGUUUUUCUGGGGUGUUACUGUUUCUCUUUUGGCUGCUGUUGGUUGUAGUUGGGUUUAUUUAGGAUACUUUUUUACAAUAUCGUUUAAAUCAGGAGACAGCAUAAACACUUUAAACAAAAGCACAUGUGUUUUUCCCGCAGAGCCUUCAUCCAGAGCCCAUAAAAUCAUAAAGCCAAGUGGUGAGUUACAAUGUGUCCUGUAUGUGAUAUUAUGCAUUAAGUAUUACAAAUCAUGUGGCACCUUUAAGUGUUUGAUUAAGUCUAUGUAAAUAAAAAAACAAAACCCUGUUGUCCUGGGGAGGAGUUGUGUUCAAUCUCUUGUCAGGGGAGAAAUGUCAGAUUUGUUAAAUAUCUGACACACAAAAAUAGCAACCUUCAAAAACCAGCAGGCAAGCCUUUCAGUUUUGAAUGCAGGGGGAGUUUUUCACAUGGGAUAAAUUUAUUACAAAAAUGUUCAAGCAUGCUUGCCUUAUCUAUUGAUGGGGCCCAUGUUAAACACAGUACUUUGGUUUAUAAUUUCCAUUUUAAAGUCAACAGGUGUUUUAGACUUAAACCUGUUUUCCACAAACACAGAACAUAAUUUUUUUACUAAGUGAUACUUAGGAUUGUUUUGUUUUUUUGUUUCCCACUAAUAAUUUUAGACAUGGAUCCAGACAUGAAAAAGGUAAGGCAUAUCAUUCUCCUCACCCCCAGUAGCUUGAAAGUGAUUUUUGAAAAAGUUAGAUUUGAAGUACUGAAUACUUCUUAUAACUUCAGAACAGUUUGUUUUCCUUUUUCCACUUACGAUUGUUAUCCAUGCCUGCCACCUAGUGGCUGUCAUGGUCUUACCCUUCUUUACCUCCAGUUGUGCACAACUGCAAACAAUAAGCUCGGGGUUGGCAUACAGCAUUUUAUACCUGAGGCAGGAAAUCUGAAUAUUCCCCCACCUUUCCAAACCACAACAUGCAAACAAUCCACCUGGAAGAUCUCCUGUGCAGUUGCCACUGAAAUGAAUAGAGCUAUGCUAUCGCUUGAUCAGUUAUGUGCCAUGCGUCAAACAUGUCUGUCUCCCGUUUUGCCCCCCUCAAUGAUAUCCCAGCUCUGUUGCCCACUGGGUGUCGUGGUAGGGCAGUUUUGGAACAUAGCAAGGGGUGGGGAAAGAGACCAAAGAGACUUAAGUAGCGCUGCCUACCACAUACUCUCUUGAUUUCCUCUAAGCCAGAAAUUGGCCACCUAUGGUUCUCCAGAUGUUGCUGGACUAAAACUCCCAGCAUUCUUGACUGUUGGCUAUGGCUGAUGGGAACAGGAGCCCAACAACGUCUGGAAGGCAGCAAUAUCCCCACUUCUGCACUAAACUUGUGGUCAUUUCACUUCCCCUUUACUGCUCCGUGUUCUGAUAUUAAGCCACAUACAGAAGGAUGUGUGUGUCUACUACUGAGAAAUAAAAGCUAUGGGAGAGAUGAUUUAAAAAGAGACCAAAUACAUGAUGUGUGGCUUGUGUGUAUAUGCACAUUUAUAUAUGUUUAUGUAGAUGCAUAUGUGUAUAUAUCUAUGAAUGUGCUACACACCCACAUCAGAAUAGCUGCUUUAAAAUGAGAAGGAUGGGACCUGGUGCUUCAUAGAAAUAUAUAUUUUCCUUCCAAGCGGAUCAGUAUUGAAGGAACCCUGCUAUCUCAGGCUGAAGCCCUCCUCAGUCCUAGGAAAAAGUUUUCACUGAAUUACAAAGGACUGGACUCCAAUGAAGUGGCCUAUAGUAGCGACCAAGAGGAUAACGCCCUCACUGGUGUUAUGGAUCAGACUGAUGCUGACGAUGAGGAAGAGACUGAACAGGUAGCCAACUUGCUUUGUGAAAUGGAAAGAUGAAUAGUAGGUGUGUGUCAGAUAUGGGUACAUAAAGGAUGAGAAUUACUGGUGCUUGAAGGAUUUAUUUCUGUUAAUUCCAAUGCGAACCUACCUGAUCCACACUUCCCAGAUUGGAAGUGUGUGAAUCGGAAUGUAAUGAUUAUUUGGAUUUUCAUUUCCCCAAAUUUUGUGAUGCAGUUUUCUGUUGUUGUGGUUGUUGUUAUUUUAAUUGCAUUUUAAAAUCAUGUGUUUAGAUAAACACAUUUAAAAAUGCAUACACAGAGAGAGAGAGAGAGAGAAAUUUUCAUGCUGGGAGAGAAAAGGGGACAUCAUCUUCCCUUGCAGUGCCUUCCUCAUACUGAAAAAAAAUAUUGCAUGUGUAUAUUUAUACACGAUACACACCACUUGUGUAUAUUUGUACAAAAUAUUUUUACAUGAUUAUUAUUUUAAAAUAAUAAUAUUAUUUUGAAAAAUAGUAAUAAUCUGUUACAUUUUUUGUGGAAAUUUCUAGAGGCCAAGGGCCAUUCCUCUUUUCCCUGUCUGUGCUUAGGCAGGCUUUCUGAGCUUGUAACAAGACUUGCAUAUGUUCCUAGCCGUUGUACAUUUAUUUGAGAGGAAAAUACCACCACCCAAAACUUCGUGAAAUGUAGAAGCCUCAUGCUUUCAGGAUGAUGGCAUCACAGCUACCAUAUCAAUCAGAAAGCAGAAUACUCUUCCAGAAUACUCUUCCUGGAGCCCACCAUCUACCCUGCAACAAGCAAAAUAUAUGUCCUUUGUCAAAAACAUUUUGUGUUAGCGCAUUGCCUUUUGCUGACCUCUGUCAGCUUAGGAGGCCCCACCAGAGAGUCCUUUCCACUGUAAUAAUGCAGUAUCUUGUCAAACAUUUGACAUUUCUGAGACUUGGCUCUGGCUGAAGGCCUUUCUGUGUAAAGGACUAUGCAUCAUACUGUAACCCUUCUGUUUUCUGCAGACCACACAACAAAAUUCCCAGCAGAAACCAAAGGGAGGCCGCAAAAGGUUAAACAGUCAAGUUGCUGAAAAUUUUGAGAAACGAAGAAGUGUUAAUCUCAGUAAAUGUGAAAUUCAGGUACAGUCUUUAUGGAAAAGUGGUUUUAUGAUUUGUCAACUUAAUGUAUUCAGUGGUGUGAAAUAAAAUGUCUUCUUUUGCAGGCAUUUCAAAGGAGGUUUUAAGGAAAGGAGCAUUCAAAUUUUGCUUUUAAAAAGCCAGGAAAAUAAUGCAGUGCCCCCCUAUCCCUGGUUUCUUGCGAGUAAAUCCCACUGACUGUGUUCAAAGGGACUUACUCAUUUGUGUAUCUGUUCAAGAUUGUAGCCUACAGAACCCAGAGGCUCCAGGGUGUUCUGAACCAUCUGGAGGGGCCUGCAGACAAAUGCUUGUGAAUGGCUAGGGUACAUGAGAGGCAGAAUGGAUGGUUGAUGAAUGGAGUAUGUGUUUGUGCAUGGCGUUUGUGUGAGAGAUGAAUGGAUGAUGAACGGGGGAGAAUUAAAGGCAGAAAGAGAAGGAAAAGAGGUGUCCACACCUACUUUUUGUCUUGGUUCUGUCCAGCACCAGUAUGUAGCACCUAGCCAGUUUCCCUCAAGGAAAUGAGACUCUCAACUUCAGUAAAGGUUGCCCUCCUCUUAUAUGUGAUUAUGAUUCUGCAUGUUAGUUAGAUCAUAGACUAAUAGUGUGCUCUGUUUCAAAACUUCAUAGAAUGCAAAGGAGCCUACAAAUGAAGCACCUUCCCAGGUCAACGCAAAGCUUUCAUUUUCCUGCAGUGGGGGUGGUCAUACAUCUCGGCAGUUUGCACCACAAAACAGCUCAUUUAUGGCGAAUAUUUUGGGCAGAACAGAUGCAGUGAGAAACAUCUGGACAGACCACCAGAUUCGGCAAGCCCUGUUCCCAAGCAGACGCCCCCCGCAAGAGAACACAGAGGACGAAGAUGAUUAUCAGAUGUUUGUACCGUCAGAAUCUACAUCCAACUUGGUUUCCAUUGGCUGUGAAGAGAGAGAGCCUUCAGGCCGCCCUUGCAGCUGGCACGUAGGGCUAGCUCAUCAAAGGGACAUUUCUAACUCUAACUCUCACAGAAUUGUGAGGCGGGCCAGCAGUGCUGGGGAAAGUAAAACUUCUCCAUCUGGUUCAAGAUACAGAAAAAAUGACCUUGGUCAGAAUGCUACUCGGAAUGAAAUAAAAAGUUCCAGGAGUGACAUGGACAAUCUGCAGGUGUACCUAGAAUCUUCAGAAGAACUGACUAUUGAUGACAUAGAUCAUGUCUAUGACAAUAUAAGUUUUGAAGAUUUGAAACUAAUGGGUCUCACUCGUAGGGAAGCGUCUGACCGUGCUCCACAAGGGUCAGCUAGAGACUCGCUCUAUGAGGCUCAAGACCAAGACAUUGCUUUCAAUAAAAGACAGGCGCCUCAAAGCAGGACCUCUAUUUCUACCAGCAGAAAUGAAACUACUCCCAGGAGAGGAACUCCACCUGUAAGCUCUCAUGAUCUAAGGAUCAGUGAGGAAAAUAUCUAUGAUACCAUAGUCCUCCCAGAGCAAUCACUGACCAAUUUCAAAUGUGAUCGCCUUAAGUGUUCCAAAAAGAGGAGUUUUCUGGGUCUGGAAACAGAUUUUGCAUGCUGUGACCACCUGCGGCAGUUUGUUUCUGAAGAAAGCCUCCAUUUCAGUGAAGAUGAAAAUCCCUAUCAUUGUGUUCCAUUAGAUCAUGAUUAUUUGAGCUUAGUGGAUAGCUCAUCAAACUCUGAUUCACACUCUCACAAAUCUGCUGCAGACAAAUUAUCUGAGGAAGUGGAUGAAAUAUGGAAUGACCUGGAGAAUUACAUCAAGAAGAAUGAGGAAAAGACGAGAGACCAUGUCCUUGCAGCUUUUCCUGUUUGCAAAGAUGACAUAGACAACAACACUCCUACUAGAACUACUUGUGAGUUAACUAAAGAUGUGGGAUAUUCACUCCCCCCUCUCUCACUGCCAGAAACACCUGUUUUCCCAAAAGCUUUGCCUAACAAAGUUGCCAGGUUGAGUGAAGCCAACCUCAGAUUCGAGGAGGAAGCAUCGCUAUGUAAGGAAACACCAUGCAGAGCAAAUUCCUUGAUGAGUCUCAACAGAUCUUCCCUCUCCAAUGAGAGAGCUUUUGUCGAUAGUCUUUAUGAAACUGCCAGUAGUAUUCUGUGCAGUGCUAAUGCAGAAAGUACUGACAAUGAACUGGAUGCUGUGGAUAAAACAAAGAACCGGGUCUUCACAAUGGCAAGACAGUACAGCCAAAAAAUUAAGAAGGCAAACCAGCUUUUGAAAGUAAAAAGCCCAGAGCAAGAGCAACUUCUGAGCCGGCAACAUAAAUCAAGGCACAAGGACUUAGCGGCCAUUUUGGAAGAGAAGAAACAAGGAGGCCCAGCCAUUGGUAUGCGGACAAUGUUGUUGUUUUAAACCAUUCUUACAUUGAAUACUUUGAAUGCCUUUGGAGAAGGUCACACAGGUAGCUUAGCAGCCCAUGCAUGUCCCCCUUUACAGAGAAACCCCUAGAUUGUGGACAGUGUAGGUGUGGGCCUGGCAGUGGCCAGCAUAUGCAACCCCCCACUCUCCCUCUGUGAUCUUAAUUGUAUAGUAGUAAAGGGUAAAGGUAAAGGGGACCCCUGACCAUUAGGUCCAGUCGUGACCGACUCUGGGGUUGCGGCGCUCAUCUCGCUUUACUGGCUGAGGGAGCUGGCGUACAACUUCCAGGUCAUGUGGCCAGCAUGACUAAGCUGCUUCUGGCGAACCAGAGCCGCGCACGGAAAUGCCCUUUACCUUCCCGCUAGAGUGGUACCUACUUAUCUACUUGCACUGUGUGCUUUCGAACUGCUAGUUGGGCAGGAGCGGGGACCGAGCUACUGGAGCUCACCCCGUCGCGGGGAUUCAAAACACCAUGUAUAGUAGUAAUAACAUCCAAAUAAGGCUCUAAUAGAGUGAGAAAUAUAGCUAAGGCUACUAUCCUAUGCAUGCUUGUCAGUAAGACCUGUUAGAAUCAACAAGACUUAUUAAAAAGAUGCGUCCUUACUAUGCUAUAAAUUUAACUCCCAUGUUACAGCUUUUUUAUAAUAAUGGAUGCAACUUUGUUUUGACCAUUGUGUCUUCUGUCACACUUUUCUUUAGGUGCCAGAAUUGCUGAAUAUUCCCAGCUCUACGAUCAGAUUGUUUUUCGGGAAACCUCACCCCAAAAGGCCAGUUCUCAAGACCCAUCAAACGUAAGGUAUUCCUCACCAGUGUCAACAUCUCAGUUAGCUGCGGAAUGCUUCAGAGCAGAGGACUGGUUGCACUCAACAUACAGUAAUGUGGAACUCUCAGAUUUCUCUCCCUGGUCGGAAGUCCCACACCUGAAGGCCAGAAGCUCCCCUUCGGAAAUGGGUGCAAAGCAGAGACAGUUGCCAGCAGCCUGCUCAGUGCCUUCCCUUCAGACUCCUCUUUGCCCGCACAUUCCUGCGCAAAGGUGGAGCGCAAUUAUAAGUCAGCCUAACAAAGAGAACUUGCACCACAGUCAGGUUUUUAACUCUUUAGGAAGACGGGAAAACAAUGCAAAGUCACAGAUGUAUAGCAGGUCACAAUCAUCUUCCUCUAUUGUGGCCAGCAAGUCUGGGGAUUCAAUAAAUUAUCCACAUGAAAUGGACAAGAAGCAGCUGCAUUCAGACAGGAACUUUCUCUCUGAACACUAUAAAGAAUCUGUGCCAGGUGCCACCCCAGGACUUGCAGCAUGUGAUGGAGCAAAGCAGGGCCUUGAGAAUUGCUCUGAAAUGAUUCUGCAGGAUUCUCAAAAAAUUCUUAGAGUUAACAGAAACUUGCUCUCAAAUGCACAAAUUGCUACUCAGAACUAUUUUUCUAACUUCAAAGACACUGAUGGAGAAGGGGAUGACGACGACUAUGUUGAAAUAAAAUCUGAAGAUGAGGGCUCCGAUUUAGAGAGUUUCUACAACCAAACAAAACUCUCGGAUCCAAACAUAAAUGUACAUUGCGCUGCUUCAGAAACUUGUAGUAACAAAAAUAUGCCCCUGGCUCCUGCUAAGGCACCAGACUCUUUCCUGGCCACAUGUAGUGAUUCAGAUAAAUUGAAUGAUUACCUAUGGAGGGUACCAUCUCCUAAUCAGCAGAACAUUGUCCAGUCCUUAAGGGAAAAAUUUCAGUGUCUUAGCUCAAGCAGCUUUGCUUGA